CUUCCUUUUCCGCUCAUGCUUUCCUCCCCAUUGCAUCAUUUUGUCACCUACCGGUAACCGGCUUAUAGUGCAGCCCACACACGGGCUCGGAGGAACGGAAGCGAAACAGAGAAGCUCGGGCUGGUGAGAGGACAGUGAUAGCCGGGAGGGGAGGGUAGGGGAGGAGGGAGGCAGAGCACGGAAGGAAUGUAUAGCAAGGCAGCACAUGGCCGAGGGGCUCACAGUCCCUUUAACUCAAUGCAGCCCUGACUCCUGCCAUCUUCCCUGCUUGGCCUUCCAUUACAUAUUGAUGGGCAGCACAUGAAAUGUGCUCCUCUGCAUUAUCUACAAGUUAUGUUGCUGGAAUAAUAAAAUAAAAAAAAGUAAUUUGAGGAGCAUGUGAAUUCUACAUACAGCAGCAUGUGAAAGCUACAUACUGCAGGACAGCACUUUUCAUGUGCUGCUGGGUCUGGCAACCCCCUUACCUCUGCUAAACGUCUUGGUCUUAUUCACUAAAGUGAGAAUUUGUUGAGAAUUCAAAGUCCAAAUUUUAAAGCCAGAAUGGCCGAACUGGAAACAAAAUCUCCAAGUCAGCUGUGCUUCCAGUUUAGCUAGUUUGGACUUAAACUUUUCCUGUCAUUUCUCUGUUUACUCUGUAACUGUGUUAAUCUAUAUUCAUCUUAGGGUUAUAUAAAUAAGUUCACUUGUCAGUACUUUCCUAAUGUUUUUAUAUUAUUAUUGCCAUUUAUAUAGUGCCCACAGAUUCCGUAGCGCUUUACAAUAUUAUGAGAGGGGGGAUGUAACUAUAAAUAGGACAAUUACUUAAAGGAACAAUAGGUUCAAGAGGACCCUGCUCAAAUGAGCUUAUAGUCUAUAGGAGGUGGGGUAUAAGACACGUUAUAUAUAUAUAUAUAUAUAUAUAUAUAUAUAUAUACACAAGGGUUUUUAGAGUGUUGCCUGUGCCUUUUAAAGGUGGUCAUCAUCUCUGAUUAUAAUACAUUUAGAUUCAAAUAAAGUAUUAAGAACGUUGUUAUUGUAAACCAGUGUUUCCCAAUUGGUGUUCCUCCAAAAGUGUAAAAAACUAAAUGGCCGUGGGCGGUGAGGCAGCAGUGGGCAGUGAUCUCCCUGCUCAGCUCCCUCGCGCGCUGAGCAGUGAUGCUGGAGCCGGAAAAUGACCUCACUAAGAGGCGCGCGAGGGAGAUCACUGCUCCCUCGCUGCUUGCACGCCAACCACUCAGCAGCCCCACUGGAGCCCAGCGACUCCAUGCCAGCACUCCUAAAGGUAGGGGGGCUUGGUGGAGUAAAAUGUAAAAAAAUAAAAAAAAUUGUAUGCGUGUCUGUUAGGGAGUUUGUAUAUGUUUGUGUAUCUGUCAAAGAGUGAAUGUGUUCUUGUCAGUGAGCGUGAAUGUGUUUGUAUGUGUCUGUAAAAGAUGUUUGUCAGUAAGAGUGAAUGUGUGUCUGCCCAAGAGUAUGUCUGUUUGUCAGUUAGAGUGUAUGUAUCUGUGUGUCAAGGUUUGUGUAUGUGCCACUGUGUGUGUGUGUGUAUGUCAGUGUGUGUGCCAGUGUGUAUCUCUGGGUGCAAGUGUGUGUAUAUCUCACUGUGUGUAUUUGUGUAUCAGUGUGUAUAUGUGUGUCAGAUACAUACACAGACACAGCAACGCAUACACCGGCACAUACAAACACAGAUAACACACUUUGAAACAUAGAUACACACACCUUGACACACAGAUACAUUGUGUGUGUAUCUGUGUGCCACUAUCUGCCACUGUGUGUGUAUUUGUGUGUCAGUUUCAUACACACUGGCACAUACAAACACAGAUACACACACUUUGACACACACAUACAUACAUACAUAUACACACUGUGUGUCAAGGUGUGUGUAUCUCUGUACUGCUGUGUGUGGUACAUACAAAAACAGGUGCGAUGGUGUAUGAAACACAAUGUUGAUACACUAUGUCAAAGGGUUCCACUGGAAAAAUUAAUUGGUUUACAUUUUUCUUCAGUUUGUAUUUAUUUUGGGUGUCACACAAGUGCAUUCAUAAGUUUAAUGCUGUAUUGCCAUAGUAGGAAAUAAUGAAAAUAUAUAUAUAUAUAUAUUUUUUUAACUUUUCUAUAGUUUCACCCCCAGCACAAGUGACAUUAGUAGCCCAGAAGUCUGGGCAAUUUUGUGCAUAAAAAAAAAAAAAAAAUAAUAAUAAAAAAGUGUCAUUAAUGUGUACUGCACGCUGACAGCAGACAUAGAAAUCUUCUCCCUUGCUGGUAGAGCGCCUGCAAUGGGACGAUUGGCCCCCCUUCCCUUCAUGCCCUCCGGUAUUUUUUAUUUUUUUUUCUUCAAUAUUUAUUUAAAUUUUACCUCCCCUUCCUGGCCUGGAGGAUGCGCAUGUGGUUUGAGCCACCAAAACGGACCAAUCACAGGCUUCUCUAUGAGAAGCCUACGAUUGGACUUCUCGAAGCCCCAGUGAUAUUCACAUGGGGCGUGGAAGAUUAGCGCCAGAAUCUUUCAUUCAAAGUAAAGUGCUUUUAUUUGCAGUUUUUACAACAAACGGAGGGGAACCUUGUCCAUAGUGCCCAAAAGGGCAUUUUAAACCGGAAAUGUCUACCCAUCCAAAAGGGUUGGAGUAACCCUUUAAAGUUUAUCUGCACACAAUAUAUAAUGACAUUUUGUGAACAAUUACAUGUGAUUUUAUAAGUUGCUUUAGCUAAAAUGCUAGCAGAGUAAAGUGAGAGCCCAUCUCCAAAUUGAAAUUUGAUCAAAACAUGUUUAUUCCCAUAACAAGAGAUGACAAGCUGGCCUAUGUUUAGUCCAAUGGGAUCAUAAAUAUUCAGCAGGGGCACCAUUUAUAAAUAUAAAUCUCAUGCAUUAGAUAUUUGGAAUGCAUCACUUAUUCAAGUGAUUUGCAAGAUCACAACACACUGACCAGGAAGUAUAUUUACUUUUUGUUUCCUUUUUACAUGUGUUCGGUAUUUGUAUAGCAUAAUGCAAAGAUAUUUAUGUAAAAUCUCGGCAAAUGUAUGGCACUUCUAAUGGAUGAAAAUUGCACGAACGGUGCUGCCCCAACACCUAAACAGUGAAUCCUUAUACAAACACAGAGUGAUAAAUAACAGUGUAAGAUACACCCUUAACAUGUGUCUUAAAUAUAAGAAUACUUAUCAGCAGUGAUAUUGCAGGUUGCGAUAAAUUUUAGAUGCCUAUAGACUUGUAUUUAUUUUUUUAUUCCUAAGAUUAUAUUAAGUCUUAUUUGUUGAGCACAUUAAUGGCUUGGGUUGGAAUAGAAUAAUAAAUUAGACUUCUUAAUCCUUUCCCCCUCACCUUACUGUAAUUCUACCCUGUUCACAUCUUUCUAUAGCAAAAACAGUGCUAAACCUAUGUUCAUGAACCUGAAAUAUCUUUCCUACCUCCUGGAGGUUUUUUUUUUUUUGUAAAACUGGCCCAAAUAUAUCUGCAUCAAUAUGGUGGUAUGUUUCUAUAGGUAUCAUGUUAGUGUUAAUAUGUAUGUAGUUUACCUUUUUAAAUAUUAAAUUAACCUAAAACAGAAAAAGGUUGGCGCACUCUGUGUAAUAUUGCAGUUACAUAAAAAUGUUCAGUGGCUUAGUGUAUUACAUUAUAGUGGCUUAGUGUAUUACAUUAUAUAUAAUACUUUACCUUAAAAUACUAGCCCAGGAGUGGUAACAACUUAUGGGUAGAUCUUGUAAUUAGUUCCUCUCCAAUGAGAAAUAGAGAAAAGGGUACCAAAUUCAAACAAUUCAUCCAAUUUAUUCACAUAAAAACAUAUUAAUUCUUCCAUCGUAGUAAGUUCAGUCUGAUGAUUCUAAACACAACGCAUUUCGACACACUAGGGUCUUCCUCGGGUGUAGUGAUAUUGAUUGAAUUGGAUUGUAGUUGGAAUUGGCUGCACUUAUAACACAUAUAGUGCCACUCAAUAUUGCACAUUAUUUUGUAUAUUUUGGUUAAAUAUUACGGUAGUUAAGCCUACUGCUGUCUGUAGGUGUUUAAGGGUAAGAAGUAUGCUCAUUCCAAUAAUCCAAUGGAUGCAAGAGUUUCUUUAAAUACAGUGAAAACUGCAUUUUCUUUAGACUGGGUUGGUUAUAUUGGGUCACUACAGGUAGAUCUAUACUCUAUGCAAUGCACUGUAACGUGUGUAAUGCAGCAUAUACUACAUAAUUGUUGGAUCUCUCCUUUUACAAGGCAUUUCCUUUGACAAGUCUAUUGUAUAACUUCUUAGUUAAUCCUCAGGAAUUGUCUUUGGUAUUACACAUUGUUUUCUGCAUCAGCUAGCUUUCAGGUACUAUUGCAACUUUUUGGAUGAGUCAGUGAUCUAUUUGAUCUGUAAUUUAUUUAUUUCAAAGCAUUGCUUUUACUUACUUAUAGAUCUGUUAUAUGGAUCAUAAAACCCAAGUUUAUAGUGCAUGCCAAAUCUAACAGCAUUGUUUCCUGCUAUAAGACCUGCCUAGUAAAUCAACCAAAAAUAUUUAUUUAGAACAUUUUUAAAAUGAAUAUUUCCUUUAGAUUUCUUUCAUUUUCAGUUACAUUCUGAUAAGUGGAAACAAUGCAAUAGUGUUACUAGGUUACACAUUUAAUAUCAGCAAAAUAUUAAUGUAUGUAAUUGUUAAAGGGUGACAGAUUUGGUUGGACUGAAGACUGUCAUUUUCACAGAACACAGGCUUGAGAAAGAUUUGCUGAUUUCUGGUAGGUGAUUUUAGUAUCAUAAUGCUGUAUGAUCUGCUUCUUUGUUGUAGAAGUGUAGAGUUAGAUGCUGAAAAAGAUUAAAAGAUUUUAGAACCUUUUUAUUUUUGGAGAUCCAUGUAUUAUCCUUGUAGAGUUUGCUGUUAAAGGACCACUAUAGUGCCAGGAAAACAUACUCAUUUUCCUGGCACUAUAGUGCCCUGAGGGUGCCCCCCCCGGGCUCUAGGGGGUGGAAGGGGUUAAAUUUACCUCUUUCUCCAGCGCCAGGCGGGGAACUCUGCUCCUCCAUAUCGCCGUCAUCGGCUGAAUGUGCAUGCGCGACAGGAGCCGCGCGUGCAUUCAGCCAGUCCAUAUGAAAGCAUUCUCAAUGCUUUCCUAUGGACGCUGGCGUCUUCUCACUGUGAAAAUCACAGUGAGAAGCGUUUCCCUGAAACUGCUAUGUUUAUAGAAGAAAGGGUUAAUCCUAGCUAGACCUGGCACCCAGACCACUUCAUUAAGCUGAAGUGGUCUGGGUGCCUAUAGUGGUCCUUUAAACAGCCACAUGUGCUGUGUUUUUCUUAGUGUUGAUUAUGGUUUUAUCUGCACACAGCUAAGCCUUGAGUGCAUGAUCUAUUAGUGUGAUAAAGUUCUGGUAUGUAACUUUUGGGAAAUUUCACAUGCAACGUUUGAGUGGGUAGGGAGAAUUGUUGUCAAUGCAUAAGUAUUGGGUUCUGUCUUAUAAUCCAGAAUGGAACCAGUUAUAGGGGUUGUUCACCUACAGCUGACAUUUUUAAUGUAAUGUUUUAGUCAAUGACACCAAAUAUAUGUGUAAAGUCAAGGAAAAUAGCUUCAGUUAGUUCAUUUUGUUCCAUGUCAUAUCAUUGAAAACCUAGUUAUGGCAGAGAGGCUUAAGCCAAAGUCAGAUUGUACUGUGGUCAGAAGCGUGGACUUUUUUCCGUCACUACUUAGUCUGUUGAACGUGGGCACAUUUUCCAUGAUUUCAGAUAGUACAGGACAUGUGGCUGUGGGUAUGUCAAUUGAUCCUAAAGUUUUCUCUCCACUUUUUUUGGAGAUUGGUACAUAUCUUGCCUUUUUCUAUAUUGUGAAUAUAUUAUCAGACUAAGAUUCACUAAAGAUGCAGUGUGGUGGACUGUUAUACGAAUGCAAAGCUUUAGAUGUAUAGCUGGUUGUAGAUCUGGUCUUGGUUUAGAUCUCUAAUUUGUUAGUAAUGAUGGGCUGGGCUGAGACUGUUGACAUUUGACCAAUGCCCUCUCAUAUAUCCAGACUAUUGUAUUUGAAAUAACAUCCCAGAACCUUUUUUUUUUUUUUGUAAAUGGUCGUGUCAUAUUGGGUUUGUAUGUGCCAUAAUUAUGACCCUUAUGCACAAGGGUGAAAUUCCUUCCAUAGUAGGGCAUUUGGGUAUUGUACAUCUGCAGGAACUCAUAUUGGAAAUUAUCAGUUGAUGACUCAAGAUCAGGUAUCGAGUUUACUCUUUAACAUGGGGAAUUGUUUCGAAAAUUUAAGAGGCUCAGCAAAGACAGUCACCCCGAUGGCGACUGCUCCUCUUGCAGUGCGGUGGCAUAUGGGUGCAGGGAAAGGUGAGUUAUACUUACCUGAAACUGCCCCUCCUGGCUGCUGCUAUCUAAAUCCGGUGGGUCCUUUUUCAGCUCCAAGCUCUUUAUCUGUCCAUUUCAUUGCCACGUUUUGCCAGGUGUAUGGAAUAUCUUUUGACUGGGUUGGAAUUUCUUUUUUUAACCAAUCAGUUUUUAUUGAGAUAAUAAAGUGUAUGGGAUACAGAAGGAAAAAAGGAUAACAAUCGGGGUUUUACAGCUCAGAUAUGGCCGAAUACAUAACAUCCCGUGUCAAUGCUCUCGUCAGUUACCUUGGGUAGAAAAUAAUAGUAACAAGCAACUUUUAGCGAACUGUAACAAGCCCUGCAUGAAAGCCCUUGUGGGGUGAGGCUUUUAGUUGUGGGCUGUCAUCCUGGUAGAGCGCCCUUCUUGUCUCUUGGUAUCUCGCGUGUAUGCAAGAGUGUAAGCUAUGUAUAUAGUUGAAGUGUGUUUGGCCAGCGUAGGUCGAGGGUCAGGUCGGUGUCUUGGUGGGGAUUCUCUCCAUUUUGUCAGGUUGGGAAGGUGUUCCCUAGCUAAGGGACCGAUCUAGUGGACAGUCAUGAAGCAGUCGUGGGGAGCCGCAGGUACACUGGUGCUGGGUGGGGCGUGUCAGCUCCCUGUCCGCCGCGUCAGGUUUGAUAUGGUUGCGUACCCGUUGAGUUGGUCAGGGUACCCAGUGUGGGACGUCCGCCUCCCCCCCCCGUCUGACCUGACUGUGUUCCCAGUCCAGGGUUCGGCUCUAAUAGCUGUCCCCCUCCAAUGUGCCCCCCCCCCUCCCAGGCCCCCCACCAGACUACCCGUCCGGGCCAUGGGUCCCCCCCAUCCCCCGCAUCCCUUGACCAACACUGUCGUGCCAAUGACCUCCUGACUGGGGGGAGGGAAAAGGGGGGCCAAGAGUCAGGCCCGGAGGCAAGGGGGGGGAGGGAAGGAGGGGAGCAGUGGGAGAGAAAGAGAAAGGAGAUGCAAGGGAAAGAAAAAAAAAAAAGGUAGGCGGGUUCCUGUAUCUCAUAUGGUCACUGUGGGGCGGGUCAAGUGCUUCCCUAGUUCUCCGCUACCUAGUGGCAUCCGUCCCUGAUCGCUGCGGUUCAUCCCUGGGCUAUAUAGGUGCACCAAGGGAGCCAGGUGGUAGCACAUUUGUCUCCCGUGCCGUGUAGCGAUGCCGAGAGGGAUUCCAUACUGUAUAUGUCCUCCACACGUUCCAUCCAUUGCUCCAUCGACGGUGGCUCCGUCGCGCGACUGGGUUGGAAUUUCAGUGAGAUUUCCACACAGUCAAUCAAUGUGAUCUCAUACAUUUUUUUUAUUUUAUUUUAUCAAUUAAUGCCUUUAACAAACAGAAUAUUCAAUUUUUGGAUCCAACUAAUAUAAGUUAAAACUUCCAAAAAAAACCAGUUCCCUCUUAUUUAGAGGGGCAAUGGAGUUGGAGAAAAAGGUGGGCAAUAAAUCCUGAUAAUGAUAAUGGGUUUAGAAAAGGGACCCACAAACUUAGCUGCAAGUAAUGCAAGGCUGGAAGGCAAACAAGAAUAAUUUAUUAGGAAAAAAGCCUUUAAUAGACUUAGCUGGAAAAUUGACUACUGCAAACUGAGAGAAAGCACAUCUCUAAAUUGUAGUAUUUGAAUUAAUUAUAACAUCCUAUGGAAAUUUGUGUUCCACGGUAACUUACUUUAUGUGUUUUUACUUAGUUACUCCACUUGUGACUCAUCCUACUAGGAAGAAUUACACAGACAAAAGAUUCCUAAAAAUUAAAGAAAGGGUAAAGCAAGACAUCUUAGGGAUAUGGAAAUUGAAACCAGAAUGAAACUACACUGUACAGAUAUCUAAAUUCAACGGACAAUCAGAUUGACCACACCACACUCUAAGAAAAACUUAAAAAUGCGAUCAGUAGACUUAAACGAACACUAUAGUGUCAUGGAUACAAACAUCUAUUCCUUACACUAUAGUUAUAAAACUACAGUUUAGGUACCCUGUCCCCUCUCUGCUUACUUUGAAAAGGUGAUUUUACUCACCUUUCUUCUAGCACUCCGCCCGGUCUCAUUGUGGCUGACCCUGCUUUGCUUCGCCUCCUUGCCAGAGGUCAUCAAAUUUGACAAUCAAGCUAAUCCGAUGCUUUCCCAUAGGAACAUUGGGUGAAACAUUGGGAUGCUAUUGCUUAUGCCUGGCUUUGGAUUUAAAGACAUUAAGAUGUGCUUGUACCUAUACUAUGAAAUGUGAGAUUUUAUAUAUAGUAUGUGUCUGCAUAUAAUUGUUUGGUAUACAGUGAACACUAUGCUUCCUUGACUUUAUAUGUCAGAUUGCAUGCCAUAUUUGGACUUCUUAUCUAAUUGGAUUAUGGAAUUAUCUUACUAUUGAUUACCAUCUGUUUAAUUGCAUUUAUUGUUUCUGAUUACUGGUAAUCUAUUUUCUUAUUUUUUUUUUUUAAUUUAAAAAUAAAAUAAAUAUAUAUAUAUUCUAUAAGUGUUUUUUCUUUUAGCGCUGAAGUUUUCCAAGUAUCUGGACAUACAUUUAGUGUACUUGCCACACUUUAUUUUUAAGUAGGAAGAAAUGCAUACUAACAAAAGUAAAUUGUUUUGCUGAAUCAUUAAACAUAUAUGAUCAGGGAAUGUACACCAGGGCAUGUGGUUACUGUAGUCUGUGAUUUCCAUACAACACUAAAAGGGCCACUAUUAAUGCUGUGAUUUUAUGCGUGGUAGCAUAGGGGUUUUUUAAAGCUCUCAUAGCCUGGUAACAGUAAUAAUUAUAUCUGACAUUGUUAUUAUUGUAUUUAUAUAAAAUGUGAUGUACAAAGACAUAUGGUGUUUGCCAUUAAACAGGGAAUUGUGGAGAGCAAAAAAGAAAAAGGAAAUUGCACAUUUGUGACGAAAAUGUAAAAUGUUCAUCUUAGUUCUGUCUAGAUUUAGUGCAUACCGCCAGUGGUUUAUAUAUUAAAAACACUUGAAUGAUUAACUAUUUCAUACCACAUUAAAGGGCCACCCUAACUGCCAUUGUAGUGGUUACUACACUUCUGCAUUAUCAAGUACAACUAUUUCCAAUGCUGUAUUCUAAAAAAGCUGGCUAACACACCCCAGCAGUCUCAGCCUAUUCUAUCUGUGGAUGGCUGACGGCAUCGCACUUACUAAUGCAGAAGUGCCCUUUUCGCAUAUUCUCGUUGUGGAUGAAGUGACCAUUGAUUUAUACCACCAUAACAAGUACAAUGAGCUGAGUUAGUUAUGAUGCUUGGAGCGCUCCUUCUAAAUUGUCGUGCCUUGCACAGCUUAUUUGAAUGCCUUGUAAUGAUAUGCCCUAAACACUGUACCAUCUUUGCAAAGUAGUUCUUUGCAUCAGGCCUGGAAACGUCAUUGGGGUGUUAAUCUUUCUAAAGUGCCAGUGUGUCUUUUUGUGCAGGUUACACAAUGUCUCAGCAGGUGCCUGAGACCAUUAACUUCCCUUCAGAGGAGGAAAAGAUUCUGGAUUUGUGGAAAUCGCUGGACUGUUUCCAAGAAUGCAUCAAGCAGUCAAAGAAUCGACCCAGGUAAUUCCUGAUCAAUCCCUUUUAAUCGAUGACUGGUAGGACUUCUAAAUGGGAGAGGCCCCCCUCUGAUAUUCACUGUAUUGUUCUCUCAUUGUUUGGAAGCUAUUCACCUAUGUUUGACCUUUGAAUUCUCUCUCUCUCUCUCUCUCUCUCUCUCUCUCUCUCAUUUAUUUUACAAAUUUUCAUUCAGUUAUGCACAUUUUAAAGAACAUUUGUUUCUUCUCCUGCCCUCUAACAAGCAUUUUCAUACCACUUCCCUAUAUAUAUAUAUUUUUUUUUCUCCCUGUCAUUUUAAAGUACCUGCCAAUAUGUCUCUCAUGAUCUAACAUGGGCCCUGUUCUUGCCUCUCUUGACUGGCUACUCCUAGGCCCCUUCCUGAUAAAUCAAUUUACCCAGAUAGAAAAAAUAAUUCACUGAUUCAUUAGGCCAUUUAGGACCUCUAGAAAGGUUGACUGUACCAGUAGAGAAGGCCAUAUGGCUUUCUACCUCACAUGCUCUUUAGUUGGUGUGAUAAUUGCCAGCAUGACAGAUUCAAGAUUCUUAUGUUUUGCCAAGGAAUAUAGACGCAGUUCACACAGAGAUUUGCUGGCAGUCGUGUAAUUUUAGAGGAAUAAAUGGUGAUAUGCUUCCUAAAUAGGGCAUAUGGCCAUCAGAUGGAUUGUAGAUGGGAUUUGGUGAGUGUUACACCUACAAACCCAGGAAAGUAUUGUCACCAAUGGCACUAAACAGGAGGUAAUUAUUGAAUCCAUAGCUCCAUAUGAAAUGCAAUAUAUAUAAUUUAUUUUUGAAGAUGAAUGAUAAAUUCACUGAAACACAUCACAAGCUCACUUUUAAGUCGGUUAACCAGGAACUUUCACUGUGUUUUUGCUUCUUUAUGUUCAACAAAAAUUUUUUUUCUGUGAUGUGCUUCUUGGUGUGUUAGUGACCGCAUAUUGCUAUUUAUUACAUUGGCUGUAUAUUCUCCAAAGCGCCUAGCAUAUUCUCUUCCACAAAGGGAGUAUGACAUAUUACAUUAUACAAAGUGUAAAAAUAGUGUCAUUUAAUGCGACAAAUGCCAUUGAAAUGUGUCUUGCAGAAAAGGUGAUUUUCUUGUGAUGUGCCAGUUUGAUUGCCCUGUGGUUAACUGGUCCUGUUAUUUCAAUGCAGUGUACCGGUUUUUGAUAAAAGGGCAGACAGAGAUACUGUGAUGAACUGCAUGGGAUCUGCAUUUGUUUAGUGGUUCCCAUAGCCCGGCCACAGUAACACCCAUAUUCAUAUUAAGAUGAAAACAUUUGGACUCCUGGUUUGUGAAGUCUCCAAAUAAUGUCAGUGUGAAUCCUGUGUAUUUGAAGUCUGAAUUUGACUUAAAAUUCUUUCAAAAAGGUUGUAUUUUAGAAACAUGAUUUAUUUAAAUCCGUGAAGCUUUAAUGGUGUUUGCACCCUCUUAUGAAAAUUCCAGUUCCUAUUUGUCUGUCGUUUUGUAGUAAGCAAUUACAUUUAAAGCGACCCUCCUAGUUCAAUAAUCAUUGAUAUACCUUGUAUAGGCUAGGGCAGGGGUAGGCAUCCUCAGGAACUCCAGAUGUUGUGGGGUACAACUCCUUUAAUGCUAUAACAGUCAUAACGCUGGCAAAGCAUCAGGGGAGAUGUAGUCCACAACAUCUGGAGUCCCGAAGUUUGCCUACCCACUAGGCUAAGGUGUCAAUCGCUUCCAGUUCUUGUCCGCAUUCUCUUUGUUCCUAUGGAUAUUUAGGUUACCAUUUAUUUAUUUAUUUAUUUUGCCUAUUUGAUGUAUUUUAUCCAUAAUUUACAAAAGGAGGAAGGUAAGUCCAGCAUACAGUAUCUAUUAGGCACUUUGACUAGAAUUAAUGUAAAGUGGAUGCUUAUAAAAGGAUAUAGAAUAUUCAUCAUACAGUCCAGGAAGCUGGUUUACUCCAAGUAAGUGAUGGCUAACCUUUAUACCAUGAGUUGUUUAAUUGUAGCAAUCGAUAUGUGCUGAAUGAAUAGCCCUAAAAUGUCUUUCUUAAUAUGCACAUUUUAGUUUUUGCUUUUUUAAUUUUUUGCUAUUUUUUUUAUCCAAGCUCUCAGCCCAAGGCUGCACUGACAUGUUUGUCUUAGAUGUAACUCUUUUACUGUAAAAUACGAGCAGGUGACUGUUCUGGGCCUAAAACAAUUUGACUAUUUACGCUUUACUCUGGGAGGGUGCCUGGGAUUUACUGACACGAUAACCAUACAGCAGGCUGUAGUACUCCUGGCUUAUGGAGUGUUUCUUUAACGGGGAUAGAUUAUUUUCAGACCAAAACAGGAUUGCAAUGAUUUUAUACCGUGACCUUCACUAGUAGAAGUAAUUUGAUUUGCAUUGGUCAUAUCCUGAGCUCUUUUUUUAUUUUAAUUGAGUAAUAAUGUAUUUAUUUUUUUGCUGAGAUCAAACCUUCAUAUUAAAGUUUUAUUUAUUUUUAUAGAAAUUGAUUUAGCUGAAAUGUAUUUUUUUAUUUUUAAUUAUUUUUUUUAAUUACAUUUUUUUAUUUUUAAACAUGAUAGAUGUAUCCCUUUCGUAUAUCUUUUUAAUGUUUUAAUCAAAAUUAGAAGGAAUAUAUACAGGUUAAAAAUGUACAUAGACACGUGAAAAUUAAUUAAUAUUCACUUGCAUGAAUGUAUAUUUUCUUUUUUAUUAUCCCAUAUUUCUGGUGGUUCACUGGGAUCAGGUCUUCAACUAAACAAGCUACCAUGAUAUACUGGAAUAAAUAGCUGCAACAGAUACAUAUUGGUCCAUCAUGCCUUUUUGUUACUGUUAUCUUUAUUUUCACUGUCUAGCUGUCCCGAUUCCUCUUUUCAUGUAAUCACCUUGCCAGGCGUAUGUCUAUGCCUGCUUGAUUAAUGCAACCCAGUCUUUAUUGGUCUUAUAGAUGCCCAAAUUACCCUCUUACACUCACUAUCCGGUCUUCCCACACUCUUUGCUCCGUGUUCACACUGGCUUCCUAUGUACUGUAGGAUAGGAUUAAACAUGCUGUAGAUGCCUAUAACGCUCUCUAAAAUUGUGUCUCAAAUUAGCUAAUUGCCAAGUGCAAUUCAUCAGUGACCCUCUGCUUAGCCACCGACAUUCAUCUGUCCUCUGUUUGCAUACUUACUCCCAAUUUUCAAUGCUUUUCUAGGGGUACAACAUUCUUGUACAUUUUCCCAUGUCUCUUUUUUUUUUCUUUUUCUUUUUUUAAAGAAACUUGCAAAUUCACUUACCUUGGGAAGCACACCAACUAAAAUGGUAAUUCAUUAAGCCUCUCUUACUUUACACAAGUGACCUAUCUUUGGGGAUACUGUUGUAGCUGAUCCGUAGAUUAGAUUGGUACCUUCUGGUAAGCAGCAAUUUCAAGUGAAUAAAGAACAAAUCAGACAAAAAACUUUGACAUUGCUUUCAAGUUAGUGAUUUUUGUUUAGUUGUUUUUAGUUAUCUCUCUCUCUAUCUCUAUCUAUCCUAUCCAUCUAUCUAUCCCUCCCUCUCCCCUUAUACACAUAUGAACAUUCCAAUUUAAAUCUUUUUUAUCUUAAAUCUGGAAUGUUUAGUUUGCUACAAUUAGCUAUUUGGUGAAUAAACCACAGAAUGUUUAGCUGUCAGUUUGCUGCAAACACUACAAUGAAAACACUCAAAGUUCUAUACACAUCCUCUUGUUUCAGUACCUGUGAAAUACGCAGUAUUAAUAGCUAAAGCAGUAAAGAGAAUUAAACAUUACAAGGUGUAGGGAAUUGAGAAGGAAAUGUAAAACAUUCGUUCAAAAUGGUGGUACUGCAGAACUCUCGUAAUCCUCAAAUGUACAACUUUGGACAUUUUUUACCUAAACACAAUUACUUUCUCUGUUCUCUACAAUGCUAAGUUUAGUGAACAACCCUGAAUUUUAUUAAAAAAAUUUUGCCCUAUCAAAUUGUGGAAACGUAAUUUUUAAACAAAUUAAGCAAAUUGGGACAUAGCAGUAUAGAUUCUGCUGUGAACAGGAAUGAGGAAGCUGACAAUACACAUGUUAGCUAGGCAGUUCUGUAUAUUAAUAGGUGUAAUGAAAGCAUUCUAUCCAUCGGAAAGACUGUGUUUGCAUUGCUUUUCUGUCUUCUAGAACGACGUUUCCUCCCUUUGCACUACCUCAGACAUCCUUAACACGUUUUGGUGCUGUGAGCUAUUCUCCUUCAAGAGCUUUAGCCAGGUCUCCAAUAACAGUGUAACCUCACCACUGCACCCACACACAUAAUAUCAUAUCCAAUCACUACUGUACAAGGCACCUCCCAGAAACAGGAGUGCCUGGAUGUGCUGUGAUUGAAGUAUGCCUACAAAAUACCGUGUUCUGAAUUUAUAUUACAAAUUAUCUCUUGAGCAUUAAUGUACAUGUGCUAUACCUUGGCUAGUUUAAUGAGGUUUUAGUUCCUACUAUUUUUUUAAGAUGUAAAUGCAGCAUUCAUUUUUUUAUUAAAAAUUGAAAAAUGUAUUUAAUGUAUGACCUUAUGUUUAUUUUUAAUAUUAUAUAUAGACAACGAAUGCAAAUAUUUAUACAUUAUGGCCAAAUGCAAAGGUAGAUAAGUAUUGAGCCUCCAGAUGUGUUUUUUAUUUUAUUUUUUUAAAUCUCCCAUAAGUUCAUGGGAGAUGUAGUCUUUGGCAUCAAAUACACAAAUGUUUGAAGGGGUUAAUUAUUUGCUAAUUACUAAUUUCUGUUUGUCUUUAUAGGGACACUCUAAGCACCAAAACAACUUUAGUGUAAAGAAGCAGUUUUAAUGUAUAGAUUUUGACUCUGCAGUUUCACUGCUCAAUUCUCUGCCAUUUAGGAGUUAAACCACUUUUGUUUGUUUUUAUGCAGCCCUAGCCACAGCACACAUGACUACGUCUCGCACAGCAUACAUAAAAAAAAAAAAAUAGUAUCUUUUUUUUUUGGUCAGAUGUGGCAGCACAGUGUGUUUUACGUUUUUAUCUCCUCUGGAAAUUGAACUUUUAAUCAAAAACAUGAGGCUCCUGCAGACUCUAGCAUGCUAUUUAUAGAGCAGGAGAUAAGAGAUUCUAAGUUAAACAGAAUGUGCAAUAAAGGAAGUUUAUAAAUUAGUACUCUAUUUACAGGAAAUGUGUGUGGAAAGGAGACUGUCGGUCACAUGCCUAAACAAUUGAAUUCAAUCAUAAAUGGCAGAGAAUUGAGUAGCGAGAGAACAGGGGCAUGAUCUCUGCACCAAAACCACUUCAUGAAUCUAAAGUUGUUUUGGUGCUUUUAGUGUCCCUUUAAUAAUACAUUUAUCUAUUUUGAAAUGCCCUUUUUAAUGUUUGAAAUUUGCUUUUUUGUGCAAAUGAAUCCCCCAUCUUCUCUUUUUCCCUAUAGAUACACUUUCUAUGAUGGACCACCCUUUGCAACAGGCCUCCCUCACUAUGGGCAUAUACUUGCCGGUACAAUUAAGGAUAUUGUCACAAGAUUCGCUCACCAGAGUGGAUUCUAUGUAGAGAGGCGGUUUGGCUGGGACUGCCACGGUUUACCUGUGGUAUGUUUUCUUUGUACACUUAAAGGCACUUUAAUUGCCAUAAACAUGAUUGCUCACUUUAAUGGUGACGAUGUAGGUACUGUCCCCUAGUUUUACAUCAGCAUCUGUGAUUGUGUGAUCCUUUUGUUUCUCCUGCAGGAAUAUGAGAUUGAUAAGACACUUGGAAUUAAGGGACCUGAAGAUGUAGCUCGAAUGGGAAUCGCUGAGUACAACAAACAGUGCCGUGGGAUUGUUAUGAGAUACUCACAGGAAUGGGAGGUAUGAGGAGACAAUUUGGAGAUUAUAUUGUGGUUGCUUGGGGAUCUCAUUGUCUUAUCUGGAGAUUAAUUCUGUCUGUAGAUGGUAGUGUUUUUGUCUGGAAUAUUUGAUCUGCUCACGCUGAUCGUCAUUUUGACUGAAAAGGGUUAAUGCCAGUCCAGACUGUAACAUGCACUUUGUAAUUGUUGAUAAUUUGAUGGAAAACAUAUAUGCUGCACAAACUCAAUACACAUGUAUUUUUUUUUUUUUUUUUUCUGGCGAACAGACUAGUGUGACAAGGCUAGGUCGUUGGAUUGAUUUCAAGAACGAUUACAAGACCCUAUAUCCGUGGUUCAUGGAAACGGUCUGGUGGGUUUUAUAUCAAAAUUCUAUAGGAUGGGUUGUGUGUGGGUUUUGUACUAAUUCCAUAGCAACUAAUUCUAGUCCAAGUCUAAUUACCAUAGCAACUUAAUAUAUCCCAAAUUUCCUUUUUAGUCAAGUGUUGCAUAUAGAAAUAAUACCGGUUUUUCCUAGACCUCUUACACAGGGAUAUAAAUUAUGUGUGUAUAUGUAUGUAUGUGUGUGUAUAUGUAUAUAUGUAUGUGUAUAUAUGUAUAUAUAUAAAAUAUACUUAAAGGACCACUAUAGGCACCCAUAACACCUCAAUAAAGUGGUCUGGGUGCCAGGUCCAUCUAGGUUUAACCCUGUCUGUGGUAAACAUAGCUGUUUCAGAGAAACUGGUGCACUGGGUGCACUCAUAGGUCUUCAAAUACAAAAUUCUGUGUUUUUAAUAAGGUUUAAAUCAAAACAAAACAAUAUCAUCCUGGUCGCUGUUUCGACCCAUUCAAGUUUUUAUCAAGAUCCACAGUGUAAAUGCUACCACACAAAUAUAUAGCCAAUAUCAAAAUAAAUUUACCAAUGAAGUGAGAAGACAGCCUGCAGACUGUAUCACCCGGAAGUGUUUGUGAAUGAACGUGGUUGCUAGGCAACAUGCCGCCCUCCCCUAGAAGUUCACCCUUUAUUUUGUUUAUUACAUAUUUAACAUGGGUUCGCACACACAUACCAAAAGAGUUGUGGUGGGGGAAAAGUGUGGAUGAAAACCCCUUCCACCUGAAGUAAGUGGAUAGUUAAUACAUUGCUAAACUAAAAUACACACACCAGUCAAGCCAUACGACUUGCUUUUCCCACAGAAAUAUCACUUUGACAGUGCUUUCAGUACUGCAAGGGAUUCUUGCAACCUCCCCCGCCCUGCCCCCAUGUCCUCACCAGCACUGGGAGAGGCAGCGCCACUACUGUAAAUUCUAUAUGAUGCGGCGGACAGACACAUAUGAUGACGAAGAUCCACUAAAUAGAAGCAUGGGAGUCCAAUUCUGGUUGUCCAGUAUUCAGCUGUCAUUGGAUUAUACCCUUCAGUACACUUAUCAGGACCUCCAUGUCAUGGUUUCCCAUGCCUACUUUUCCAAUGAACCCCCUCUGUUCAAGUUAGAUGUGGAUCUUUACAGAGAGCUUUGUUUUGAGAACAUCUUAGAUCAUAUGGAUAAAUAUUGUAUUUAAUUUCCCUAGUCACCUAUUCACACCUUUUCAUACACAAUAAAAGCAAAACAUAUGUAUGUUUUAUUCAUAUAUGUAUAAGUGAUGGACUAUGUGGUUAACGUAUAUAGGUAUAAUAGGGGCCCAGUAUAUAUUGAUAGAAGAUUCCAUGUAGGGCUUAAAAUACAAAUAAUGUAUAUGUGAACACAUUCAAAGAAAUACAAAUACAUGGGACUGAUUAUUCACAAUUUUGACUAAUUCCUUGGUUAUCGAAUGUCCUAUGAGUGUAAACAUUGUAUUUUUCUACUAUAGCCUGCAGCCCUUGAAAACUGUGACUGCAUUACGUAGAGGUAUAACAUGUGGGUGCUUGUAAUAUUAAUCCCAAUCCAUUGCAUAACUGGCUCUACUGGUGUCGCAUUAUCUGAAAAUGCAGACUGUAUGCUGCACAGUGUUCUUCUCACCUUGUGUUUAUGUUAACGGAUUUGUAAUUUAUUGAUCAUUAUGUUUAAUUUGUACAUUGUAGAAUAAAUCGGCCUUAUAUCAUUUAUUAUGUAAUACACCAAGUUUUGUAGAGCACAAGUGUAACGUAGUGCAAUGCUUAAUCUACACUGGCUUACAUUUUCACAUCUCUAAUCAGUCAUCACCUACUAGAGCUCUUCCUAAUGGCGGUGGUGACGUGUCUAUAAAAGGCCUCACCAGGAAGACUUGCACUGUUCUGUAGUUCUAUGUGUUUGUGAAACUACUUUUCUUGACUUGUACUUAAAUUGAACUGAUGCACAGUGCCACCUUCUGCUCAUCUUGAUGCAGUACAUCUACUUAUGGAUCUGGAACUUUGUGGCAACACAUUUACUUAUUUUUAUUACUGGCAUUUAUAAAGCACCAACAUAUUCCGCAGCGCUGUACAAUUGGGAAAAAGGAAAACACAAUAAGAACAGACCAAUACAACAGGUAGAGGACCCUGCCCGUGAGCUUACAAUCUAAAGAUGCCGCAGAUUAGCCGUGUGCUUCCAUUUUGAGAUUAGGACAAAAAUUGUAGUUUUGAAAAUGGUGUAAAGUGAGUCAAGGGAAACCUUAAUGAAAAGUUGUAAGGUGCAAAUAUUAAAAGGUGAUUGUAUUUUGACAUUUUUUUGCCAUAGCUAUGAAUAUUUUAACAAUUUGGGUACACUAAGUGUGAUAGCACAGGGCUAUGUGGACAAUUUCUAGUUAUUUUACUCUGCACUGAUGGGAAGGUCCAAUUAUUAAAGGGGCAAAUACCUUAAUUAGUGGGGUUGUUUACUCCUCUCACCGUUGCUCCUUGUAAUAUCUUGUUAAUGCUUUAUAUCAUGUCCGUUGCAUAAAUGCUUUAGAAGAGUGACAGUCACCUGGCAGAAAACCCUUGUGAUCUAUAAUUACAACGGGGUAGACCAUGUUUGGCACUCGAGAUGUGGUGGACUAUAUCACCUGUAAUGCUCUUACAGCCAUAAUGCUAGAGUGCAUCAGGAGAGAUGAAGUCCACGACAUCUGGAGUGUUGAAUGUUGUCUACACUGGUUUAGAAAAUCUGUUCCUGAGCUCUGAUACAGGGCUGUAAAGUUUGUUCACAAAACAUUCGACUCUGAUUCAGACUUCCCAGUUCAUGGUACCUCUGGCUCCCUAUAUACUGUAUUACAAUUUAUGGGUUAAGCCAGCACAUUAUUUUGGGGGUCAACUUAACUUACGAAUAUAAGCCAAAGCCGAUAUUACAGGUUUCUUUAUUGGGGGUCGACUUAAUUUAUAUGCCGGCAAAUGUAAACAUUUAGUUGGAGUUGGUACAGUUUUACCAACUCCCACCAGUAACCCAAUAAUUGCUUCUGACUCCAUGGCACUGCUCUGGUGUAACUGUAAGAAACAUCCUGGUAUUUGGACAAUUUUCUCCACUUAAAGGGCACCUGUCGUAUCUUUCUUUUUCUCAUCUUAAUAGAUUACUAAAGUUAGCAAUUAGUUGUGGUGUCAUUUUAAAUAACAAAAUGUUUGCCUUUCUUUCAAGAUCUAGAGUGGCAAACCAACCAAUUAAGAACCUGAGUAGCAUGUACCGUGCAAGAUCACACAUGUGCUAAUUAGUCAAUUUGAAGGCUUAGUAGCAGCCAGUAAAGGUAAUGGUACCCAUAGAGCAUCAUGGGAGCUAUUGGCCACUAUUAACUCCCUUUUGCUACUUGUAAAAUUGACAGACGUUAAAACAUCUAAUACUUGCUAAAUGUAGCGACUGGUAAUUCUGCAGUAAAUGUAUCCAAUUUUUGCUAGUACAUUGCUUAGCCUGUGGAUAAAUACAAUUCUCUGUCACCAUUUCUGUUUCUCUAUGGGAGUUUUUCAACUUGCUCGGAAAGUUUUCUAUGACCGUGUAAGUGAUGAUAUAUGGACACUAGUUAAUGCCAUUUUCGCAUAACUUUUGCCUAGUGCUAACAAUUCAGCCUCUUCUGAAUUGAGGAGUUAAUAAGGCAAGAGGAACUGACACUUCCAGAAAAGUCACAGUUCCUCUUUAAGAUAUUUUGCUUCUGUAAAAUUAGAACAUUAUUUACAUUCUGAAUAUGUAUUUGAAUCUUUAGAGCCCUGCAAUUCUUAGGAGCAUUAUUAAUUAUGUAUGCAUUACUUGACAAAAAUGAAGAACGGUCAGGUUUUUAUAAUUUUUUUUACACAAAGAAUUAACUAUUACUCUGUUCUGAAAUGCAGGUGGGUCUUUAAACAGCUGUAUGACAAAGGACUUGUGUACCGAGGUGUUAAGGUGAUGCCAUUCUCCACUGCGUGCAACACGCCACUGUCCAACUUUGAGGCCCAUCAGAACUACAAAGUAAGUAAAGCUUUAUAUCUAAAGAGUCUUGGAAGGCAAAAUAUAUUCAGGAUAAAUACAUUCAUUCUGAACCAAAGCAUAAAGACUCUCUUAUCUUUUUACAUUGUCUUUGUUCAAUCUGUUAGGAUGUCCAGGAUCCUUCAGUCAUUGUCACCUUCCCACUAGUCGAGGAGCCAAAUGUAUCACUGGUAGCUUGGACUACUACCCCAUGGACACUGCCUAGCAACUUAGCAUUGUGUGUUAAUCCUGAGCUGAUCUACAUUAAACUGAAAGGUGAGAAGCAUGAGAUGAUGGCUGUAUUGGUGGCAUGAAUGUUUUAAAUCCUAGAUUUAUCACUCCACAAAUGUUCUUAUUUUAUUUUUUUAUUAUUCUCCACGGAGUAUGAGAUAUCCAUAAUGGUGCCAUUUGUUGUCCUAGAUAAGUCCAAUGGGAAUAUAUACAUACUGAUGGAAGCCCGGCUGUCUUCCUUGUACAAAGGUGAAAAUGAAUAUGACAUUUUGGAAAGGUAUGAUAUUCUUUAUUGAUAAUCUGAUAUGGUUUGUGUGCAUAUGUAACUAUUUGAAGUCUGUUUUUGUUUAAAAACAUUUUCAUUCAUAAGAUGUAAUUGGCUUAGCAUUGUCAUGAAAGCAUGAAGCUUUUUGCAUCUGAAUUUUGUAUUUAUUUAUUUUAGUUUUUUCUUUAAAAGACCUGCAUUUGUAGUGUGUAGGAGUUUGAUAUAAAGAAACAAAAGAUUGACAACCAAUGUUGAUUCAUGACUGAGUGCAUUUGGGUAGUUAGAAGACACUGUGACAGAUACAAACCUUAAACUGCAAAACCACCCAACUAAACGGGUUAAAGGAGUACGGUACCAGCCUGUAUUGAAUGGAAGUAGCAAUUUUGUGUUAGAUGUAGCACAUCCACUAUCUAAUGGCUCAAUGGACCCCAGUGUGUCUUAAAGGAUUACAUCAAGCACGAAUACCACUUUAUUGAUUUGAAUUGGUUAUGGUGCCUAUGAAACGCUGCACAUACAGAGAAUAACCCCUCUUUGCUAGAAGUCUAACUCCAUCUCUGGCAGUGUCAUUGGUGCAUCAUUUAGCCGCCCCUAAAUAUUCCAAACUGUAGUGGUUAUGAUGGUUGGAGUAAUCCUUUAAGCCCAAUAAAAUACGUUUUGGGGCAGUAGGGAUAGAUAGAAAAAACCUUGGGUCCAUCUGCCUCCAUUCUAAGGAAAAAUAGCCAGGCCAUGUCCAAUCAUGGAUUACUCCAUCAGGAACUGACCGAUUGCGUUAGUACCCCUCACUCCAAGCCACCACUCGAGAAAGGUAAAAUGCAAUACUGUAUUUGUUCAUGUCUGGAAGAGGUAUCCCUCUGUGAUCUUUGUAAAGGAACAACAGACAGUGGCUAUGGAGAUUUUCCAUCCCAGAUAAAUUUCCUGAUAUCUGUAAUCUUCAAUAUUUUUUAUUUUAUUAUAAUCGAUCUGUAAGCCAGAAUGAGCUCCAUGUUACCUCGAAUGCCAUAUUUCUGAAAGUGUAUUGGCAUCUUCAGGAAAUCUGAAGAUCAUAUUAUUUAGAUAAGCCAACACUUUGAUAUAAACUUUAUAAGUUGCACACUUCUGGUGUUUCCAUUCAUGCAGAUGCUGUUCAGAAAAGGCUCUAAUGUCAGAGCAAAUAGUAGUGGUGUAAGGGGGCACCCAUGCAGGACACGGUUUUUUAUAUAUAUAUAUAUAUAUAUAUAUAUAUAUAUAUAUAUAUAUAUGUGUGUAUAUAUAUAUGUGUAUAUAUAUGUAUAAUUACAAUAAUAAAUAAAAUAUUGAAACAAAAUGUAAUAUAAAUUAUAUAUUCAUAUGUAAUUUCAUUCUAACUGUAUUUUGUUAUUAAUAUAUAUAUAUAUCGGUAACAAAAUACACUUAGAAUGACAUUCUAUAUAGAUCUAUCUAUAUAUAAAAUACAAAUAACCGCAAAUAUAUAUAUAUAUAUAUAUAUAUAUAUAUAUAUAUAUAUAUAUAUAUAUAUAUAUAUAUAUCGAUAAAUACAUAUAAUUACAUAAAAGAUUACAUAAGUAUACACGUAGAAUUUAAAUACCUAUAAAUGCAUAUAUAUUAAAAUUCUACAUGUAUAUUUAAGUAAUCUUUUAACAUAAUUAUGUGAUUUGAUUAAUUAAAAUUUGAUUGACAUGCCUGACAAAACAGGGAGAAAGUGCAGAGAAUUUAAUUCGUAAGCACUAUAUUUGACCCUGUGACUCUCCAAGACACCAUAAAACCUGUACAUAGGGGGUACUGUUUUACUCAGGAGACUUCGCUGAACUCAAAUAUUAGUGUUUCAAACUGGUAAAUUGUAUUACAACGAUGAUAUUUUAAGUAAAAGUGAAGUUUUUUGCAUUUUUUACAAACAGACGGCACUUUUAUGGACUAUAUUAUUGUUGUAAUAUGUUUUACUGUUUUAAAACACUAAUAUUUGUGUUUAGUGAAGUCUCCCGAGAAUAACAAUACCCCCCAUGUACAGGUUUUAUUGUGUUUUGGAAAGUUAGAGAGUCACAUAUAAGGCUUGCAUUUCGUUUUUUUGACAUUGAAAUUUACCAGAUUGGUUAUGUUGCCUUUGAGAGCGUAUGGUAGCCCAGUAAUGAGAAUUACCCCCAUGAUGGCAUACCAUUUGCAAAAGUAGACAACCCAAGGUAUUGCAAGUGGGGUAUGUCCAGUCUUUCUUAGUAGCCACUUAGUCACAAACACUGGCCAAAUAUUAGUUUUUUGCUUUUUUCACACAAAAACAAAUAUGAACGCUCACUUUGGCCAGUGUUUGUGACUAAGUGGCUACUAAAAAAGACUAAACAUACCCCACGUUCAAUACCUUGGGUUGUCUACUUUUUCAAAUGGUAUGCCAUUAUGGGGGUAAUUCUCAUUCCUGGGCUACCACACCGUCUCAUAGGUAACAUUACUAAUCUAGCAAAUUUCAAUGUGAAAAUGGAACGUUCUAUAUUUGACCCUUUAACUUUCCAAAAUACCAUAAAACCUGCUAAUGGGGGGUACUGUUGUACUCGUGAGACACCGCUGAUUACAAAUAUGGGCAUUUUUUUGCAGUAAUACCCAACAGUAUUAUGACAUUAACAGCUAAAAUGUCAGACGGAAAUACAAAUGUAAAAAAAAAAUCUUAUUUUCUCAAUUUUUUUAAAUUUUUAUUCAUAAUAAAUUAUGUUCCAUAUAUGAAUAGUUAAUGAUAAAUUAAAGCCCUGUUUCUCCUGAACAAAAUGAUAUAUAAUAAGUGUGGGUACAUUUAAUAUGAAAGAGGUGAAUUACGGUUGAACAGACAUAUAGCGCAAAUUCCAGUUUUUGUUUACGUUUUGUUUUGAUCAGAACGUGUACUAUUGACUCCGUCCUGAAGGGGUUAAAUCACUUUGUUUAUACUGCUCUAGUCACGCCUUCUGGCAUGUGACUUGAACAGCUUUCCUAAACACUUCCUGUAAAGAGAGAUCUAAUGUUUAAACUUCCUUUAUUGCACAUUCUGUUUCAUUUAUAUUUUUUCAUCUCCUGCUCAUUCUCAGUAAUAUCCUUCUAGACCAUGUGUGUGAUUAAAGUUACAUUUAUAGAGCAGUGGAUAAAACCAUCGAAAGCAAUUUAUCAUCUGAUUGAAAAUGAAACAGUUUUUCAUUCAAGCCAGGUGAGGUAGGGAUCCAACAACAAAGACUGCAAACCUAUACAAUUAAGACAGACAUGUGUAUAUGUGUAUAUAUGUAUGUGUAUAUAUAUAUAUAUAUGUAUAUAUAUAUAUAUACUGCUCCAAAAUAUAAAGGGAACACUUAAACAACACAAUGUAACUCCAAGUCAAUCACACUUCUGUGAAAUCAAACUGUCCACUUAGGAAGCAACACUGAGUGACAAUCAAUUUCACAUGCUGCUGUGCAAAUGGGAUAGACAACAGGUGGAAAUUAUAGGCAAUUAGCAAGACACCCCCAAUAACGGAGUGGUUCUGCAGGUGGUGACGACAGACCACUUCUCAGUUCCUAUGCUUCCUGGCUGAUGUUUUGGUCACUUUUGAAUGCUGGCGGUGCUUUCACUCUAGUGGUAGCAUGAGACGGAGUCUACAACCCACAGAAGUGGCUCAGGUAGUGCAGCUCAUCCAGGAUGGCACAUCAAUGCGAGCUGUGGCAAGAAGGUUUGCUGUGUCUGUCAGCGUAGUGUCCAGAGCAUGGAGGCGCUACCAGGAGACAGGCCAGUACAUCAGGAGAAGUGGAGGAGGCCGUAGGAGGGCAACAACCCAGCAGCAGGACCGCUACCUCUUUGUGCAAGGAUGAACAGGAGGAGCACUGCCAGAGUCCUGCAAAAUGUGCAUGUGUCUGCUCAAACGGUCAGAAACAGACUCCAUGAGGGUGGUAUGAGGGCCCGACGUCCACAGGUGGGGGUUGUGCUUACAGCCCAACACCGUGCAGGACGUUUGGCAUUUGCCAGAGAACACCAAGAUUGGCAAAUUCACCACUGGCGCCCUGUGCUCUUCACAGAUGAAAGCAGUUUUACACUGAGUACGUGUGACAGACGUGACAGAGUCUGGAGACGCAGUGGAGAACGUUCUGCUGCCUGCAACAUCCUCCAGCAUGACCGGUUUGGCAGUGGGUCAGUAAUAGUGUGGGGUGGCAUUUCUUUGGGGGGGCCGCACAGCCCUCCAUGUGCUCGCCAGAGGUAGCCUGAUUGCCAUUAGGUACUGAGAUGAGAUCCUCAGACCCCUUGUAAGACCAUAUGCUGGUGCGGUUGGCCCUGGGUUCCUCCUAAUUGCAAGACAAGUUCCUGCAAGACGAAGGCAUUGAUGCUAUGGACUGGCCCGUCCGUUCCCCAGACCUGAAUCCAAUUGAGCACAUCUGGGACAUCAUGUCUCGCUCCAUCCACCAAUGUCACGUUGCACCACAGACUGUCCAGGAGUUGGCAGAUGCUUUAGUCCAGGUCUGGGAGGAGAUUCCUCUGGAGACCAUCCGCCACCUCAUCAGGAGCAUGCACAGGUGUUGUAUGGAGGUCAUACAGGCACGUGAAGGCCACACACACUACUGAGCCUCAUUUUGACUUGUUUUAAGGACAUUACAUCAAAGUUGGAUCAGCCUGUAUUGUGUUUUUCCACUUUAAUUUUGAGUGUGACUCUAAAUCCAGACCUCCGUGGGUUGAAAAGUUUGCUUUCCAUUUUUUUAUUUUUGUGUGAUUUUGUUGUCAGCACAUUCAACUAUGUAAAGAACAAAGUAUUUCAGAAGAAUAUUUAAUUAAUUCAGAUCUAAGAUGUUAUUUUUGUGUUCCCUUUAUUUUUUUGAGCUGUGUGUGUAUGUAUAUGUGUGUGUGUGUGUGUGUGUGUAUAUAUAUAUAUAUAUAUAUAUAUAUAUAUAUAUUUUUUUUUUUAAUCACACACUUAACCCCCACCCUCAGCUAAAUGGGUGUGUUGUAAAGAUUAGUGACAUAAUUUUAAUUGCUUAAAAUAAUGACUGUUAACAAACUAACUGUGAAAUACCUGGAAAUAAUUUAUAAGUGAGAGAAAACCGCAUAUGCUGAAAAUAGUGUUUCAAACCCCAAAUGAAUGAAGCCAUUAAUUUAUAUUGUAUUGAAAUGUAUUAUUAUUAUUAUUAUUAUUAUUUUGUAUUGAACAGAUUUCCUGGAAAUGCUCUGAAAGGAAAGACGUACAAGCCAUUGUUUGAAUACUUUAAAAAGGUAUACAUACACCACAUAUAAGUGUGUUCAGUACUUUUUUUUUAUUUCUCAACUCUUACUAAAAUCUAUUUUUUAUUGCCACGUUAAGCAAUUCACAUUACAAAUUCUUCUUGUCUCAUUUUCAGGCUGCAGAUAUAGGGGCCUUUACAGUUCUGACAGAUAAUUAUGUAAAGUCUGAAGAAGGCACAGGGGUUGUACACCAGGCUCCAUACUUUGGAGCUGUAAGUAUGAAAGAUUUGCAACAUUAAUACAUUAUUAAAAUUUGUGAUUCAUUUUAUCUCCACAAGGUGGCACCAGUGUAGCAUUAGUCUCAUAUUAGUUGCUGAUAUUCUGUCUGCUUUCUUUCAGAACGUUCAGUGCUUGGAAUAUAGUCUUUAAGGCCAAAUUGGUAUCUUUUAUAUAUAAAUUAACCACACAUAAUCAGUAGGGAUCCAGCCAAGAUGCAUUGGCUAGCUGAGGAACAUAUUUACCUUGGGAACCAGUGAAAGGCUUGAACCAUGUGUGAGAGAGGAAUGAGAUUAGGAUAUGACUGUCUAAGCAUUUUUUACAUUUUAUGACUGUGAAAGGCAACUCCCGUAGAGGUGAUAUUUACUACCCAUUCCAUUGGGUCAAAAAUAUGUUCCUCGUUUAUUGAUGCUGUAGAAUCACAAGUCUCUACUAGUCCUUAGGAGGUGGCAGUAAUUUAUGUUAGGGUUUUUAUUUUCAAUUUUUUUCCCCCCUUUAACUGAACAUCUCCCUAUAAUGAGUAUAUGUCUACGCUAAGAUCUUAAAAUAUUAAACAAACUUGGUUCUAGCUGUAGAGUUCUAACUUGCCCAUUCUCUCUCUUUCAGGAUGAUUACAGGGUCUGUAUGGACUUUAAUAUCAUACAGAAGGAUUCUGUGCCAGUGUGUCCUGUUGAUGCGUCUGGCUGUUUCACACAGGAAGUGACUGACUUUGCAGGACAAUAUGUCAAGGUUGGAUUUCUUCAGUUUUUUUUUUUUUUAAAUGGUUACACGCUGGCAUUGAAAGCUUAAAACCAAUGCCAUAUGGCAGCGUCCUGUGGCUUUUCUUCUGUUGAUUUGUGCUCAUUUUAUAUCCCCCUUCUAAGCUUUCAAUUCCAUCCAAUAAUCAAACCCCCUACCUUUCUAAGAAGCAUUACUACAUCUCCGUGACUAUUUGAUAUUACUAUUUUUUUUUUUUUAUUUGUACCCUCAUCAUAUAUUUUUUUUUCUGUUUGCAAAUUUCAAGAAAUUGCAUUUGCUUAGUAACCUGUGUUAAUUUACAGGAUGCAGAUAAGAACAUUAUAAAGUUACUAAAGGAGCGUGGGCGCCUUGUGCAUAGCAGUACAUACAAGCACAACUACCCAUUCUGCUGGAGGUGAGAGAGAGCUGUACUGUGGCAUGAUGUAACUAAUCACGUAUUCUAUAUAAAUGACCCGUGACUUAUUUACUAAACUUUAAGUAGUGGAGAAAAGACAAGCGAUUUGCAGGUUUUAGUCCCAAUAUAGCUUGUUGGAGACCUUUUUUCGAGUUCGGUUAUCUUCACCUACAAUUUGCAAUUUGUUGUUUAUUUCUUCAUAUCUCCUAAUCUAGUGUAUUAACCACUUUGUGUCUGUGGAGUAUUGAGCUGCCUCAUUGAACACAAGUGUGAGUUUUAUUAAUGAGAUCCUGACCCGUAGACAUUUUUAUUAAAGCAUUCUGAAGCUCUCAUCCAAAAAAUGUGUUUAAAAGUUGAUAUAGCCAACAUGGAAGUAUAAACUUCCACUUUUGCAUAUCUGUGCAACUAAGGGACUAUAAACACUUGACAGAGCUAGGUAAGUGUGAAACCAUUUGUAACUGAUUUGACAGCUUACAUUGGGAAGGCUCCAGGGAACUCCAGGCACCAUAAGCUCUACAGUACCGUUUAGUAAUUAUGAUGAUAGAAUAUCCCUAUAAAACAGAUGGAUGAGAGUAUCUUGAUGAACAAAGGCAAAGCAACUAAUCUAAUCAUCCGUCUUCCAUAGUACCCUAUUUUGUAGUUUAUCAUGUAUGAGAAUAUAGAUGCGACUGACAGAAGUCAGCAAAUGUAGCUGCUUGAAUAGACAGAGAAUGAUGAUUCAAACAAAAAUGCUUGUACCACCUGGUUCUGUGUCAUUGUUUUUAAAAUGUUAGCAGGCAUGUCAUGUGUGGGUGUGUAGUUGCUUAACCCCCACCACCAAUUACAAUUUAUGGUUGCUUUUAAAACUGCUCUGGAAUGUAUGCCAUUGAAUACAACUUUAAAAAUUACGUUAUUUUUUGAAAAUUAUAUCAUAAUCCAGUCUGGACAAAGCAAAGCUUUACAAAAAAAACCCCUCAUAUUCACUGUGUUGGAAUUUCACUAAAAUUCCAAUGCAGUCAAAAGACAUCAUAAGACAAAGUAAGACUCCUUUUCUAAAGCAUUUUUCCUAUUCCCAACAAAAGGCGGAACUACUGCCUUUAAAUGUUGUCAUUUUCUCCAGCCAUCAUUAGUGACGGCUGUGAAGAAAAAUAUAUUGUCUAUGGAGGCUCCUGUGGUGCCCUGAUGUUGGCUCCUGGCAGAUGAAGCACCAGGAGAUGAAGAGGACCCUCUGUAUGGACAUGGCGACAGCCACGAGGGACCCAUUCAGGUAAGUGAAACGUACCUUUCCUUGUACCCCUGGCAUACCGUUCUCAAGGAUCAAAAUUACCAUCUGGGUCUUUGGAAAAUAUGCCAUACCACAGAAGGUGAAAGAGCCUUUAAGCGUUUAAUAUUGAGUUAUAAACUUAAGCGAGUUAAGCACUUAAAUGCUCAUUAUUCGCCAAGGGUUUAAUCUACUAAACAUUUUGUUGUAAUAAAAACCAAAAAACAAAAACUGAGUUGUCAACAGAGACUUAUAGGAGCACUCUGAGGACCAUAACAUUCUCAUCUGAAUAAGGUUAUGUAUGAUGACAUCACUGGGUGCAGUCUUUCCUGUAGGGCUCAAACUGUUCACAAAAAGGGAUAAGACGAUGCCUGGUGUCCUCCUUGCACCUUAUUAUUCUAAUUAAGUUGUUAUGGUGCAAGGAGUGUCCUAUUUAAAUAGAACGCUGGGAGUAUGGUUAAUGUUGGAGAAUUUUUCCAUAUCAGCCUUUAAAUAAAAUUUAGCAGCUUACUACAGUUCAAUGUUUUGUGAACAAACCACACUGUUUUGUAAACUUUUAUAAAGUCAUUGCGGAAUAACACAUAGGCGUGCUCUGAUGAGUGCUUUACAUUGCUGCCUUGCACAUAGUAACAAGCACUCACAAAAAUAUGUCUUGGCGGCAGGUAAAAUAGGCACAUUUUUAAUCAAGAUUGUUAAGCCCAAUUAUGUUCCCCAAUCAUGUUAAAGGGUUACUCUAAGGACCAUGACCACUUCAGCGAUUUGAAGUGGUCAUGGUUGGAGUAUAUAUGUGCAGUGUAUCAGCUCGAAACACCACUCAUAAUGGUUUGUCUGCACUUAUAUACCGGGGGUUAGUUGUACCCUCGGCACAUGUGAUUUAGGCAGCCCAGAACUCUAUUCCAGUCCACUGGCAACAGGACCUAUUGAGCUCCCGCCUCCCAACGAGAUUUCUUGUUUAAAAAAGUUUUUUUUUAAAAUCCGGUCACUUUGUCAAUACAAGACAGAGGGUUAUGGGAGUCAUGCCUUAUCUGCUGUGUAUACUUGUGUAUCUGUUUAUAUCUCGGUUUCUUAAAGUCUGUGCUGCAUCACUGUAUAUGCCUAUUGGCAGUCAUUAAACUAAUAAAAACGGUGUUCCCUUUUCAGAUCAGAAACUCCUCUCAUUUACAAAGCUGUUCCGAGCUGGUUUGUAAGAGUUGAGCACAUGGUUGAAAAAUUGCUUCAAAACAACAGUCAGUGCUACUGGUAAGAAGGACACUUUAAAACUGUUAACUACUCUUACAUUUUUAAUUUUCAAUAAUUACUUUUACUGUAAAAAUGUCAAAAGUAUUCUCUUUUUAAUAUUAACAUUUAUUUAGUGCCUGGUUAUGUGCUUUGUACUUUUUCCUUUGCAUGUCUCUGUCCCUUGAGGUUUUCCAGUCCCAGUUACCAUUAAAAACUGGACAUGGGAGAGUCAUUCUGUGUAGCUGCUCCUGCUUGUGACCCUAGUACUAUUUCUGGAGGCAGUACAGAACACCCAUAAUAUUUACUGGUAUUAGAGUAGUUGGCAAUCAAACUAAAAGCUUAUAUGGUCAUAUGCUCAUCUUCAUGGUACAGCCACUUACUAUCACUUUAAAGUUCCCUAAAACAAUCUGAUUUACAUGCAGUCCUAUGAUAAAUUAUGGACAGUUUGAAACCCGACUCUCGUUACAGUCCUGGGACAUGCAAGACCUGACACGUCCAAGAUUUGUUGGAGUUACAGUACUCUCCAGAAGUUGCUAUUUGCAACUACUGCCAUUAAUUCAGCCAAUGCUGUCUUGGGAGAAAAGCUGAAGAAAAUCAUACUGUCUUGUCUCCCUAACUCUUUCCUUGUAAGAGAGGAGCGGCUGAAUUAAGGACAAGUCUACAAAAUAUAUAAUGAUGAAUUGUAAAGUAAAAUGCCUCUUGAAAAUAUUGUGAGGGUUAAGCUGUAGCUGCUUUUCUUAAAGGGGCACUACAGUCACCUGAACAACUGAAGUUGUUCUGGUGUCUACUGCCUGUCCCUGCAGGCUUUUUGCAGUAAACACUGUCUUUUUAGAGAAAAUGAAGUGUUUACAUUACAGCCUAGGACCACCUCUAGUGACAACUCAUCAGACUGCCACUAGAGGUGGUUCCUGGGUCAGUGCUGCAGAGUGUAAAGCAUUGGAAUGGCUGAAAUCAACAAUUUUGAUGAUCUCAGCCAAGGAGAGGCAGAGCAGGGACAGGGCCAGCGGUAAUGAUACUUUUUUUUUUUUUUUUGGCUGCUAUAGUGUCAGGAAAAUACACUAGUAUUCCUGACACUAUAGUUCUUUUAAUUUAAAACCUCCCCAAAAUUAUAUGCGCACUAUCCCGAAUCUUUAUGUACAUUUAAAUAACUUGUUUAAUUUUAGUAUCAAUCCAACCGCCAUUAAAGUGUAAGCUCACCUGCCACGUCAAGGCAAAACCUCUUAGAAGAGUCCUACACUAACAAUCCACAUUACUUCUUUCAGCUAAAAGGCAGCAUAUCGAAUGAAACAAUGAGGGGUAUUGUUUAUGAACUCCUAUGCACAUAUUUACCCUAAUAGGGUAAACAUGGGCGUCCGCACAGUAACAUGGCUGUGUAAUUCAGAAGCAAAUACAAACACAAAAAAUUAAACUCUGUGCUGUUCUUAAUUCACCCCCUCUCCUGUCGUGGGCCUGUUGGUAGUGGAGCUGGUGCGACAUUGUGACUCUCUCUCACUCGGCAGCAUCCCUUCCAUAUCAUCAUUAAUGGAUUAGUGCUGCUUUGAAGUGUAACUCCCACUAACCUUGGACAUGUAUGUCCAGUGCUGCCCGUUUUUUAUUUUUUAUUCUUAAUUUCAAAAUAUAAUCAUGUAACAUGAAGGAUACAUAACUCAUGGGAAAUAAUGACUUCUCUAAGUUCCGGAGACAUUCAUUUGCAAUUUUAUAAAGUCUCCAGAACACCUCGAUGGCAUUGUUUCCUCGUAAAACAUGCUUAAUCAUUCUGUAUCCUAAAUUACAGAAUUGCACACCCUGCGACCCAAUCUAUCUAUUCCUUUGCAAUAUUAAACUCUGGUCCCUGUUAGAUUUCAUUGUGAUUUCUACUCCUGUUUAGUAUAUCACAGUAUUAUUUACUAGCACUCUGUAGUGCUGUGUAAGGUGUUAGCUGUUUAUAACUGAAGGACAACAAAGCAAAGCUUUCUGGCUUUGAAUAUCCUUCUUACUAUGGAUUACCUGCCUGCCUUCGGACAUUUUGUCCUCUGUGCCUUGGAGCGAGUGAGGGAGUUGAAUUAAUGAAUCUAAUUAGGGUUUCAUGUUUUGUUUUCCCUGGGGUUCCUUGCACUGGCACCCGAAAAAGAGGCCACUGCCUUUCAUCCCAGAUUAACCUGAGGGAAUAAGAACAGCAUUGUAAUAAUAGAACUGAGGAGGAGUAUGGCCUGUUCUGCUUUCUUUCAGAUGUAUUAAUAACCCAUUUUCUUUCCCUUGCUGGGGGAACAUUCUAUUCCUGCCCUGUGGAAAUUGGGCUUUUUUGCAAACGAUACCUCAGCGUAAUUGGUUUCCUAAUUAGUUUUGUAACUAGUUCAACAAUCUGACAUUAAAAGUGAGAAGGGAGAACUUUGUAUAAACAUGGCUCUGCUAGCGCUCUUUGCUCUUUGGGAUUCUGACCUAAAUAGAAAUCUUUGAGUUAUAUGUGACAAGUGACUGUUAAAUCAGUGAUAUAUGGCUCCAUAAUUCCCUUUAAUUCGAGAGCUUAUUCCUCUUAUUGAUGUGUUAUUAAAGCCUCUUUGUCAAUUUAACCUAGUGAAACUGAAGUUUUAUUUUCUUUCAAACUUUGUAUUCAGUCAAAUUAACAUAUUUAGUUAGAAAUAUUUGAAUUAGGAACACAAUUAUCCAGCUUCAUAACUUCUUCUCCCUUAACACUUUUUCAACUUGGUUGUCUCUUUGUUGAUCAAACCCCAAAGUGUUUUUUACCCAUUUGUGGAGACCCUCAAAGCAUGGAAUGUAAAUGUCAUAAAUACUGUAUUUUCUGGCGUAUAAGAUGACUUUUUAACCCUGGAAAAUCUUCUCCAAAGUCGGGGGUCGUCUUAUACACCGGGUAUAGGGUCUAAAUGGCUGCCGGGGGCGCCCUGCGCCCCCAUCGCCGACCCUUCUAAUGCUGCAGCCACCUGAGCGCUCUAUAGAGAGCGCUCAGACGGCUGCCGCACUGCCUCUCUUCUCACCUCCCCCUUCCCUGUGCAGAGUGGGUGACCGAGCUCCUCUUCGUCCUGUCAGUCCGGGUACCGCGCGGUACAGGAGAUUCAGUUACCUGUUCCCGGCCGGACUGAAAGGAAGGGGGGGGGGGUAGUAAAAAUAAUGGAGGGGGGGAGUAAAAAGAAUAUAUCACAAUUAGCCUCCUGUGUGCUAGACCAGCAGGCAUGGAUUAUAUGCCCAAACAGCCUGGCACAUACCUGGGCUUUAAAUGCUAUUUCAGAUUAUCAUUAUUUAAUGUCUUGCUGUGUAGCUCUGUCUGCUCACUGUACAUCAUGGCUAAUUUUUAUUUGGUGUGCAUUGGAAGAGGGGUAGUCUUAUACGGCGAGUAUAUCCUAAACUCUAUAUUUUAAUUGGAAAAGUUGGGGGUCGUCUUAUACGCCGGAAAAUAUGGUAUGUCUCCUAAAGAAAGAUCAUAUUUAAUGCUCCAUAUGUGAGAAAAGGACAUAACUGGAUUAUUGACCGUGAGGGGGUCGAGACAGAAAUGGAGAAAUAUUGUAACAGUUGCUUUAUAUGUCUCAAAGAUUUUAAAAUCAGAUGUAAAUACAUGGAAUGCAUGAAAUAUAAGAAAUCUAUAAUGACCAUUUUAAUAUUAUUUAGCCCAUACAUUAACUCAAAUUUGUACUUUUUGAUCACCGUUAUAUAUUACAAUGAAAAAUUAAAGGAGCUCUAUACAUAUAUUUACAAUAUAUAUUUAUUUCUGACUCUAUAGUGUUAAAGCCACCAUCUAGCCUUCCUGGCCCUCUCUUGCCUCCCUAAAUAUAGUAAAAUCUUACUUGUAUUCAAGCUUGAAGCUGCUGGCUCUGCCCCUGUCUGCCUCAGACCUGCAAGCUGUCUGCUGACAUCAUCAGAGUGUUGUUCUGAGCCAAUCACAGUGCUUCCCCAUAGGAUUGACUGAGACUAUCAAGGAGGCAGAUCAGGGGCAGAGCCAGCACAAUUCAAACCAAGCCCUGGCCAAUCAGCAUCUCCUCAUAGAGAUUAAUUGAAUCAGUGAAUCUCAAUGAGGAAAGUUCAGUGUCUGCAUACAGAGGGAGGAGACACUGAAUGUUUGGAUGCAUUUUAGGCAACCAUGACCCAGGAAGAAUCUCUAACAGCCAUCUGAGGAGUGGCCAGUGGAGUUAUCACUAGGUUGUAAUGUAAACACUGCAUUUUCUCUUAAAAGACUGUGUUUACGGCAAAAUGCCUGAAGGUAAUGAUUCUACUCACCAGAACAAAUUCAAUAAGCUGUAGUUGUUCUGGUGACUAGUGUGCCCCUUUAAGCUGUAGUUGUUCUGGUGACUAUAGUGUCCCUUUAAGAUUUAUUUCCCCUUUAUGUGUAGUCUGAUGAUUUUAAAAACAGGGCAUCAUAUGAUCAAGCAGAAUUUGCCUUGAAUAUUCUACUUAUUAUAUUCUCAUUUCUUUCCCAAUUUAUUUAUCAUUUGUGAAAAAGUUUGAUAUUGUAAAAUAGCCUUGUCUCCAAAUUACAAAUUGUACUUUUUUUUUUUUUCCAUCAGGGUACCCGAAUUUGUGAGAGAGAAGAGGUUUGGUAAUUGGUUGAAGGAUGCAAGAGACUGGGCUAUAUCCAGGAACCGGUACUGGGGGACACCCAUUCCAUUGUGGGUUAGCGAGGACUAUGAAGAGGUUGGUCUGUGAAAGGAAAAGAGGGAAAAAAAAUUCUUUAGUACAGACACCUGCAUUAAUGCUUUUGUGAGCUUUAAGUAACAAAUCCUAUUGCUGUAACAACAGUUUAAAAAGUCAUUUUUUAUUUUUUUCCAUUUAAUAUGACUAUAUUGCCAUAGUCUUCCACUUAUGUUUAAAUGUAUCUGUGUUUCCUGCAGGUUGUCUGUGUGGGCUCUAUAGCCGAGUUAGAAGAGCUGAGUGGCGUGAAAGUGACAGACUUACAUCGGGAAAGGUGAGACUCUGAGACUUGUAUCUAAAUACAUUUUUCUUUUAAAGGUUGUUCCAAGCAUUUAAAUGUUCCGUUUGUAAGGUGCCAAGCAUACAAUUUAUUUUAUUCAGUGCACUUGGCUAAAAAGACCAUUUACUUUUACUGAUUUUCACAUCUUUCAUUUUGGGUUAUGAGAGUUCCCUUUUAACCCCUUAAGGACACAACUUCUGAAAUAAAAGGUAAUCAUGACGGAAUAUUUCCGUCAUGUGUCCUUAAAGGACCACUAUAGGCACCCAGAUCACUUCAGCUUAAUGAAGUGGUCUGGGUGCCAGGUCCAGCUAGGAUUAACCCUUUCUUCUAUAAACAUAGCUGUUUCAGAGAAACGGCUAUGUUUAUAAUAGGGUUAAUCCAGCCUCUAGUGGCUGUCUCAUUGACAGCCGCUAGAGGCGCUUCCGCGCUUCUCACUGUGAUUUUCACAGUGAGAAGAUGCCAGUGUCCAUAGGAAAGCAUUGAGAAUGCUUUUCUAUGGACUGGCUGAAUGCGUGCGCAGCUCCUGCUGCACAUGCGCUUUCAGCCGAUUAAGUCGCUAUGGAGGAGGAGAGUUCCCUGCCCGGCGCUGGAGAAAGAGGUAAGUUUAACACCUUCCUCCCCCUAGAGCCCGGCGGGAGGGGGACCCUGAGGGUGGGGGCACCCUCAGGGCACUAUAGUGCCAGGAAAACGAGUAUGUUUUCCUAGCACUAUACAGGGAGUGCAGAAUUAUUAGGCAAGUUGUAUUUUUGAGGAUUAAUUUUAUUAUUGAACAACAACCAUGUUCUCAAUGAACCCAAAAAACUCAUUAAUAUCAAAGCUGAAUAUUUUUGGAAGUAGUUUUUAGUUUGUUUUUAGUUAUAGCUAUGUUAGGGGGAUAUCUGUGUGUGCAGGUGACUAUUACUGUGCAUAAUUAUUAGGCAACUUAACAAAAAACAAAUAUAUACCCAUUUCAAUUAUUUAUUAUUACCAGUGAAACCAAUAUAACAUCUCAACAUUCACAAAUAUACAUUUCUGACAUUCAAAAACAAAACAAAAACAAAUCAGUGACCAAUAUAGCCACCUUUCUUUGCAAGGACACUCAAAAGCCUGCCAUCCAUGGAUUCUGUCAGUGUUUUGAUCUGUUCACCAUCAACAUUGCUUGCAGCAGCAACCACAGCCUCCCAGACACUGUUCAGAGAGGUGUACUGUUUUCCCUCCUUGUAAAUCUCACAUUUGAUGAUGGACCACAGGUUCUCAAUGGGGUUCAGAUCAGGUGAACAAGGAGGCCAUGUCAUUAGAUUUUCUUCUUUUAUACCCUUUCUUGCCAGCCAUGCUGUGGAGUACUUGGACGCGUGUGAUGGAGCAUUGUCCUGCAUGAAAAUCAUGUUUUUCUUGAAGGAUGCAGACUUCUUCCUGUACCACUGCUUGAAGAAGGUGUCUUCCAGGAACUGGCAGUAGGACUGGGAGUUGAGCUUGACUCCAUCCUCAACCCGAAAAGGCCCCACAAGCUCAUCUUUGAUGAUACCAGCCCAAACCAGUACUCCACCUCCACCUUGCUGGCGUCUGAGUCGGACUGGAGCUCUCUGCCCUUUACCAAUCCAGCCACGGGCCCAUCCAUCUGGCCCAUCAAGACUCACUCUCAUUUCAUCAGUCCAUAAAACCUUAGAAAAAUCAGUCUUGAGAUAUUUCUUGGCCCAGUCUUGACGUUUCAGCUUGUGUGUCUUGUUCAGUGGUGGUCGUCUUUCAGCCUUUCUUACCUUGGCCAUGUCUCUGAGUAUUGCACACCUUGUGCUUUUGGGCACUCCAGUGAUGUUGCAGCUCUGAAAUAUGGCCAAACUGGUGGCAAGUGGCAUUGUGGCAGCUGCACGCUUGACUUUUCUCAGUUCAUGGGCAGUUAUUUUGCGCCUUGGUUUUUCCACACGCUUCUUGCGACCCUGUUGACUAUUUUGAAUGAAACGCUUGAUUGUUCGAUGAUCACGCUUCAGAAGCUUUGCAAUUUUAAGAGUGCUGCAUCCCUCUGCAAGAUAUCUCACUAUUUUUGACUUUUCUGAGCCUGUCAAGUCCUUCUUUUGACCCAUUUUGCCAAAGGAAAGGAAGUUGCCUAAUAAUUAUGCACACCUGAUAUAGGUUGUUGAUGUCAUUAGACCACACCCCUUCUCAUUACAGAGAUGCACAUCACCUAAUAUGCUUAAUUGGUAGUAGGCUUUCGAGCCUAUACAGCUUGGAGUAAGACAACAUGCAUAAAGAGGAUGAUGUGGUCAAAAUACUCAUUUGCCUAAUAAUUCUGCACUCCCUGUAGUGGUCCUUUAAGGGGUUAAGCAUAAAUCAAGCCAGCUGCUUUAAUUUGUAUUAUAACAGAGGUUUCUCUAUUGGUAAUUGAUUUCUUCCUCUUCAUCUACUUCAGUGUGGACAGUAUCACCAUCCCCUCACGGCGUGGGAAGAGCCCACUGCGACGUGUUAAUGAAGUCUUUGACUGCUGGUUUGAGAGUGGCAGCAUGCCCUAUGCCCAGGUGCACUACCCUUUUGAGAACAGAAGGGAGUUUGAAGACAGUUUUCCUGCUGACUUUAUUGCUGAGGGCAUUGACCAAACUAGAGGAUGGUAAGUACAAAAAUCCAAAUAUUUUGGAAAGCGGCAGAUUCCAUUCUUCGGUUUCAGCUCAGAAAUCAGUAAUGCAAGGCCAAUGCACUACAAUAAAAUGUAAAUGUAAUUCUGUUCAGAUUAACCUUUUUUUUUUUUUUUUUCUCUCUCUCUCUCUGUGACUCCAUGUUAGGUUCUACACACUUCUGGUGCUUUCUACAGCUCUGUUUGGCCAGCCACCAUUCAAGAAUGUCAUAGUGAAUGGUCUUGUCCUGGCCAGGUAAAUACUUUUUUUUCUUUUCUGAUGGGACUUUGCAAACUUAACAAUUGUAUGCAUAGCGAAAGGUUCAAGGUGUCCGGGAAGGAUUAAUGCCAUUUUGCUUCUAAUGUCUGUUAAUUGGAGCUCUGAAAUCUGAAUGUAUCGUUAUUUGCCAGCAGCUGUAAUUUUUCAGUUGUUAAAUGGGAUGUCUUUAGAAUUUAAUGUUAAAAGACCACUCCACACUUAAAAUCUUUUAAAAAGUCUAUUUUGUAGAUAUAACCCCAAUUAAUACAUGCGUGCAUUUUUUUUCAAUCAUAUGCGUAUUCAUUGGGAAUAUAUAUUUAAACAACUUAAAAUAGCUGCAUUUAUUUUGAACUGCAGGCUUUGCAAGCCCUCACUCUCUUCCCCUGGAAGAGACUUUAAGUCUGUUCGUGAGGAAAUAACCAAUCCCGCACACUGCACAGCUUUCAGAAAGAAAGCUGGUCUGAUCUGAAAUCGGCGGAGAGGCAUGCGGGCAGAGACAGGCGCAUUUAUGUAGAGCAUAUCUGUCACUUUUGUUAGCUCAGGGGAGCAAACAGAAACAGGAAGUUAACCUAUCUGGCUUUUUGACAACCAGAGCAGUGUUUCAUAAUAAUAAAGUGUUGUUUUCUCAUAGAUAUCAGCAUUUGUUAAAGUGCCUUUUAAAUGUGAUCGCCUCACCCAUAAAGCCCUUCAGCAAGCUGACGUGCUUUGUGGGUGGAGUUGUCCUUUAAGCUGCACUCUAAUGUGCGAUUGGCUGCACGUAUGCUAAUCAUGAUACUAAAUCAUGCUUACACCUAUCUGUGGAUUAGCAUGAGGAGUUGUCUGCAUAUUUAAAUAAAAACUACCACAGAUUUAGUAUCAUAAGACUUCUUAGAUGUGUUUUUGUCUUUAUUUGUUUAAUAAUUGUGGCAUUCAGUUGUAUACAUAACACCAAGUGUCACUAAGUUCUGCACUACCAGUUCUUAGCUGUGCAUGAGCACAAUCGCCACAGAUUAUUCCUUCCAAUAGAAGGGUUUGAUUUAAUUUUACAUGGUGCUUUCUGGUUAAUGAUGACAAAGAGCCCUCUGAAUGUAAUUACGUUCUGUAAUGUAUUCACUCUGAACAUCACUGUUGCUUAUAUAGGGGGUGUCCUUUUGUAUCAUGUUUGUUUUGUAUUUUUCUUUUUUUUUUAUAUGGAAUAUUCUAAUAGGAUAAUGUUAGUCUCUUUCUUGUAUGUAUUGUAUCACAACUAAAAAGAUUUUAACUAAAAAGAUAAUAUAGUAAUUUAUUAUAUUAGCAAAAAAUGGUAAAAUGUCCUGCUUAUUCAUUUUUGUCAGGAAGAUGAUGGCAUUUUCUGUGAAUUACACUUCUUAAAUAUGCCAACACAUAAAUAUCCUUAGUGAGCAUGGUGCCAAUAUACAGUAAGUGCAUCUGCACCAAGCACAUCUACUGUACAAGACAUUGCAUGAUGACUUUGCAGCUUGCAAAGAAUCCCCAUGACUUUGACCUACAGAACCUGUUGUAGGGAGAGAAAGGUUUAAAAACUUUUUAGAGUGGGAAGAUCAUCUUCAUGGGAAACGACCGGAGCCAAAACAACUUUAGCAAAACACAAUACUGCUCUAUUCUCUGCCAGUCAGAGUUAAAUCACUUUGUUUAUGCAGCCAUAGUCACACCUCCCUGCAUGUGACUUCCUAAACACUUUAUGAAAAGAGUCAUCUUAAUGUUUAGACUUCCUUUAUUGCAAAUUCUGUUUAAUUUAGAAUGUUCUCUCUCUGGUGCUUGCCACAUCCUGCAAGAGUCUAUGUGUGAUUAAAUUCAAUUUACUGCGCAGGACAUAAAAACCUAUAAAGGAAGUUAACAUCUGAUUGAAAAAUGACGCCAGGGAAGGUGUGGUUAGUGCUGCAUAAAAAGAAGCAUAAGUUAUUUAACUAUUAAAUGGCGGAGAAUUGAACAGUGAGACUCCAUUCUCUAUACACCAAAACUGCUUCAUAAAGCUAAAGUUGUUUUUAUGACUAUAGUAUCGCUUUAAUAUUGUGCUACAUGUUUCAGUGUCAUGAACACAACACCUAGUUCUCUUCAUGAAAAUACAUCCUGAACUUCUCAGAAAAACUCUUUGUUACAGGUUACCUGGUAUAGCAGAGUUCAGUAGAGGGGCAUCUUGUCUGACAUGCUGUAAUAGAUACUAUUUUAUUUAUUUAUGGUUGUCUUCUUCUUUUUGUUUUCUCUCUCUCCUCUCAAAUAGCGAUGGUCAGAAAAUGAGCAAAAGCAAAAAAAAUUACCCAGACCCAAUGAACGUAAUCCAUAAUUAUGGAGCAGAUGCACUCAGGUUAGUAUCCACAGUCCUCUGCAAGUGAUUUUGAUGUCUUUAUGUAUGUAUUCUGUGUGGCCAUUGAGUGUGUUUGGUUCACCACCUGCUUAAACAUCCCACAUGGUUCAUGGUACAGCAUCAUUACAUUAAAAGAAGCUGAACAACACUGACCUAUUAGCAUGUCAAUAUGAAAUGUUAGUGCCACUCAAGAAGAAAAAGUAGUAUGAGGAGUUUUAGAGGUUUGGUUGUGCAUACCCCUUUCUCGUUUGUUGUCUCUGUAUUGGGAUAACUGCUUGGGAGUUCUCUUUGCGUGUAUGCUUGACUGAAGUUUGCCCCAGAAGACUCUGGAAUUAUGAUCUAAGCCGGGGAUAGGCAACCUUUGGCAUGGUAGAUGUUGUGAACUACAAAUCCCUUAAUACCUUAACAACAUUUUGGCUAUAAGAGAAUUAUGGGAGAUGUAGUCCACAACCUUUGGAUUGCCAAAGGUUGCCUACCCUUCUCUAAGCCGUCAGAAUGCUGGAAUUUUUGUUUUACUCUGCAUAGCGUUGUAUUUUAAUAGCCUGCAAAUUGCAGAUCUCUAACAUUGAUGUUCAUGCAGGAUCUGUUAAAACUAAGAGUUCAUAUACCUGAUUCUGCUUUUUUGAGCAGCUGUUUGUUAGGAAAUAAUAACACUUUAAACAAAGUGCGUUGAUAUUUCAAGCGAUUACCCCACUUGCCCUCUGCAGACUCACUCUUGAUGGCUUUUCCAUGCUGUUUGUUUGAUUUUUGCGGGCCAAGUUCUGUAUUCUGUUAAGCUUUCCUCUUGCUUGUCUUGUCAGAAAUCAGACUUCUUAACCUUGUAGAGUCAAAAGUUGUUUAUACAGAGAGUGGCAGUUUAUACUUGCAGGCAACACCAGGGCUUUCCUCACUGCCAUUAAAGGGCAAUCUGUAUUCGCUAUGAUCUCACCACUGGCCUCAUACUCUAGGGGAAAACCCAGAACAAGUUGAUGUCAAACUUAACUGUUUAGCAGGUGAUUCAGAUAAUCUGUUGUGAUCAUCUGACACCCAGAAUUGUUGGUUUAAGUGACAAACUUAAAUAUAGUUGGAAUAAAAAAAGUUAAGUUUCUGGAUACUAUUAUAUAUACAUGCCUUUUAUCCCAAGCAGGGGUGUGUUUCAGGCUGCAGUGUGGAGCUUGUAUGCAGCCGAGUCUCCAACAUUGAUUCACUUUGACGUGCAAUGCGUUACUUGGUUUUAUGUGGAAUUAAAGGAGAGGCACCUUACUAGGUCUCCUGUAUCUAUUUCAUGGUAAAACAAAGCACUGAAAAGAAUGAGGACUUCACUGACUGAUGGCAACUAUGCUGAUUGAUGUCACUAAUACUGAUUAGCUGAGAGGCAGUGGUGAGUGUAAAACAGCAUUUAAAGAUUCACUUUCAGGUGGUAGCUGAGAUUUUAGCACUAUCAAAGAAGCAAAAGUUAGAAUCUAAGCACCAUCACAACUUUGCAUACUUACGAAGCUGAUGGUGUAUAUAUCAUCUCGAGAAUUGCUGUAGGAGUGACUUAGAAUUGUAGUGAUUUUGUAAAACAUGUCUGCCGUUCUAAGAUAUCCCCUCAGAGCAGUCAACUAGGCAUCUGAAAUGGCUCCAUUCUAGGCUGACUGUGUCAGUUGUGUCCACCUUGUGUGUCAACCUUGUGCCAGUGGUGUGUGCACUCUGGACACACAACUUGGCCUGAGCACUCUACUUUCAGGAGAAAGAUCAGAGUGCGGGCCACCCAUGGCUGAUUGCAAUAAACCGUGAACCCAGGUAUGUCCACAAUGUGGUAUGAAUGUUAUCCAUUUACACUGUAUUUCCCUUCAUCAUGUAGAUGGUCAGAAUUCUACUUUUUCUAUAAACUUCUGCUGGAUAGGGCCUAAUCUGGUAAGCAGACCAUGUAGACCAGAAUGAGACUAUAUUGCCUGAGAUCUAUUACUUGUUAGGGAAAGUACUUUUACCUGUUUGGGUCCUAUAGAAACACUGUCAGAACUGAAGUAAAGCAAUGUGCAAAUUGUGAAUCCCAUCGAUGGCCAUGUUUACGCUUUAGAAUAUGUCUAUUCUCAAUCAAAUUCUGGACGUGAAGAAAUCUACCUGACAAAAGGGUUAAUUUAUAUAUCUGCAAUGGACAUAAAAACCCUGGCACGUUGUCUAAGAGCACUAGGUUAUCUGCUGUUUGGUGUUUCCUUUACAUGACCUAUAAAAGCUGCCAUGUUACUAAUAUAAUCCCUUUCCUUCUAUCCCUCCAGACUGUACCUUAUUAAUUCCCCUGUGGUAAGAGCAGAAAACCUACGUUUUAAAGAAGAGGGUGUCCGAGAUGUGUUGAAAGAUGUUUUCCUGCCGUGGUACAAUGCCUACCGCUUUCUAAUGCAAAAUAUUUACAGGCUGCACAAGGUACAACUAAUAGCAACGAUACAUAAAAUCUGAAGAAGAAGCUCUCCUUACAUACUCUGCAAGUUCUCCCCCUUCCCCAUGUACUUGUGCUUUUAGAUACAGGAAUAUUGUAUAGCAUUUAUAUUUAGUUGUUAUGCACAAAUGAUUGUAACCAAAGCAUGUUGGUUCAGCUUUUAAUAUGUAGAGUAGGGAUUCUUAAUCUCCGUUCUUUCUUCUUCAAAUCUGUUCAGUGGCCCAUUAAUCAAUUUUAAUAUUAUAUCUUCUAUAAUAAAUUCUCCAAAACAUCUUUAUUUAGAUCGUUCUAACUUAAAGACGCAUUUGCUCCUAGCAGUGCUGCUAUUGGAAACAGCUGUCGCAGUUGAUCUGGACCAGAAAUCUGAUGUUUCUUUUUCAUUCCGUGUACAACUAAAAUAGCUUGGGACUAGUUUUGGGUCCUGGUGUAGGGAUUAAGAGCCACUCAUGUAGCCCAUAAUGACUGUAUCCUACUAACAGCAGGAGGAAUCUAAAUGGCAAGAGUGAUAUUUGUUGAAGAAUUUUUAAAGGUUUACUGCAAAAAAGCAAACCAAAAAAGGCUAAGUUCUAGCUACAGGCUGAUCCUCCUCCUUUGUCGUUUCUCCCCCUCACUGUGGGGGGGAGGACGACAGGUUAAGGGGAAGACGUGGACAGCCGGGGGAGGAGGGGGCUGGGGGAGCUUGCCGCCAUUGGACACGUCAUCUGCAUGCUGUGUGUGCAGACAUCAAAAGUCCAAUAUGCACAGAACAGAUAUUAUCCAGCUAUGAACCAUGAACACUGGUUCUGGCUGGUUGUUAGUGUCCCAAAUAUAGUACCAGAGGUGGAGUUACACCUGUAGCAGCAAAGGGGUUCAACUCUGUGUGUGUGUGCAGCGUUUUGCUGUGUGAAUGCUGCACAUACAGAUAGCCUCCAGGCACUUCAUGGUGCUUGAAGUCACCUUUGAAGUAUAAGUAAAAAGUUAUGUUUUUGCUCCUCAGGAAGAGAACGUCCAGUUCCUGUUUAAUGAGAACACUGCAAAGCCAAGCAGCAACAUCAUGGACAAAUGGAUUAUUUCUUUCACUCAAUCACUCAUCCAGUUUUUCAAGUCUGAAAUGUCAGGUAAGGGGAUUUCCUCUGAGCAUAGUUCACCAAGGUCUUCCUAUGAUAGUAAAAAAUGAGAACCAAGUGAAAAGACCUGCAAGAUCUCAUUGAGAUUCUUUCUUUCAGAAUACAAAUUGUACACUGUGGUUCCUCGACUUGUAAAGUUUGUAGACAUGCUCACAAACUGGUAUGUGAGGAUGAAUCGCAGAAGAUUAAAGGUAAGAUGUCUUUUGUUUGGCAAAUAGGUAAACACAAACCUUGCAGAACACAAUGCAUAUUCCCUGUACUUGGUGUACUUGGUGAAUAACUAGUUGCCUUGAUAUAGCUCUUUGUGGAUGUGGGCAUCAAUCUUUGGCCAUACAUUCUUAUCUUUGGUUUCUUCCCUUAGGGUGAGAACAGCACAGAAGACUGUAUGAUGGCGUUGGAGACAUUGUUCAGCAUUCUAUUCUCCAUGUGCAGGUUAAUGGUGAGGAAUUACAUUCUGUUACAUUCUGUUGUGUUAAGAACAUUGUCAGUUAUUGAAAAUUGUGAUUUAACAGAAAAUAACAUUUUAGGCUAAAAUAGCAUAGUUAACCUUAAGGAUUUUUUCCAAUUUGAAUAUAUUGUCCUAAAAUAUGAAAUUUUCUUUGAGUUUACUUUGAGUGACGUUAGAAAUAUCUUCGUUCUUAGUCUUCACGUUGUCUUGUUAACACAAUCUUAUUCUGUUUCUAUAACUCACACAGGCCCCCUUCACCCCAUUCAUCACCGAAAUGAUGUAUCAAAAGCUAAGGCUACUGAUUGAUCCAACCUCAAUGCAAGAUAAGGACACGCAGAGCAUUCAUUACCUCAUGCUACCUGCAGGCAGGUAAAUUAUCUCAAUGCACAGUAACUGAAUUGUGGUAUAUGAUGUGAGACAACCAUGGGAUUUGUUGGACCAUGAACCCAGUUCUAUUGCUUUAACAAUUUAGCUCCGUAGGUUAAAUCUCAAUAUUGAAUUGUAUGUGUGUAGAACUUCAAUUUAUAUGUUUUCUUUCUUUAUAUCAAGAGAGAACUUGAUUGACAAGAAGAUUGAGAGUGCUGUGUCCCACAUGCAGUCAGUCAUUGAGCUUGGGCGAGUGAUUCGUGACCGGAAGACCCUACCAGUCAAAGUAAUCUUGCCUUAUUUCUUCUUGGUCAUUUUUUUGUGACUAUGCCAUGUGCAGAUAAAAGGCUUGUGUCACACCAUGUCAUUCACAGCUAUUUUGCAACCAAUCUUCUUUAUUUCACAGUAUCCAUUGAAAGAAGUGAUUGUCAUCCACCAGGACCCAGAAGCCCUAUCUGAUAUAAAAUCCUUGGAGAAGUACAUUGUGGAGGUGAGUAGAAAAGGGGUUCCAGCAUCCACAACCAUUCCAUGUCAUAAAAAUGUCAACUUACUUGUGCAUGGGCCUGAAUGUUCCUUUAUAUAAUUAGUGAUAUGACAUUUAAUAUUUUCAUUGCUAGAGGGAAGAUAAUUGUAGCACAAUAAGUAUAUUUUUCAUUUGUUAUAGGUAUAUCUUAGAGCUUUGCUGUCAUGGUUUUUUUUUUUUUGUCAAUCUUUAUUUUUGCAGUGCUUGAGUAACAUAAACAAGCUCGUAUCGCCACAACAGCAUGUACAAGCAAAAACAGUAAUACAGUGAAUACAGUAUUAUGGCAUGCAAGAAUGACACAAUUUUUUUGUUAAUAAAUUGCAGGUUAGGUACUUAUGUCUUAAGUUAUAGCCUGUACUAGUUAGGUAAAACCGAGGUGAAAAUAAGACAUAUCGCUUGAUAAUAAAGGAUUACUACCAUGAAAAGCGUGUCUUAGAGCCGUAUAACGUCAGCUUGUUCCGGUCGGAGAGGCAGUAGGGAGAUCGGCCGCUUCUCCCAGGCUCUCACCUCGAGGUAGGCCCCAGUGGCGGUGUGGGCUCAAUCUGCUUGUCGGACGCCUGGAAACCCUUGUGCUGUAGCAGGGUAGCUUGCAGGUAGGUAUCAGCACAAAUUUAGCUGUUUGUUUGCUUUCGAAAUACUGUUUUUAGGUGAUAAUUGUCAACUUUUGUACAGAGCCCACACUGCAUGCCUUUCAGUUUGGCAGCCAGGCCCCGCCCCAUGUUUUUUUUUUUGCAUUCAUAUAAAACGAAUAGGUGGAUGAUGAAUAACUUCAGCCUUUCUGACCUGUACAAAUCAGAGACACCAAAUUAAUAAUAUUUAGUUUAAAGGUGAUCUUGUAACACCCCAACGUCUAAUGUCCGGCGUACUUUCUUCACUCUGCAGGAGCUGAAUGUAAGGCAAGUAACCGUGUCCACCAACAAGGACAAAUAUGGGAUCCGUUUAAGAGCUGAACCAGACCAUAUGGUACUUGGAAAACGUCUGAAAGGGGCUUUUAAAUCUGUCAUGUCUGCUAUCAAGGAACUUAAAAGUGAUCAGCUGGAAGAGUUCCAGAAAACAGGUACGUGUAUGUGUACUCCAAGUCUGUGUGCUUGUAUAUCUAGGUGUGAAGGAUUGAUUUUACUGGAAAACAGAUGUUGUUUUUAUAUAUGUGUAGUAAAAUUUACUUGUGUUACCCACAGGCACAAUACUAGUGGAAGGGCAGGAGCUUCAUGAAGAGGACCUCCGCUUACUAUACACCUUUGAUCAGGUGGCAGGAGGUGAUGCACAGUUUGAAGCUCAUUCUGAUGCCCAGGUAAUAUGAUGUAGACAUUUAUUCAGAGAAUGUUGUAAGGUGAACACCGUGGGUAUAUUUUCUCAGACACGUUUCUAGCUGUUAACAUUCUGAUUUGAUUUUUUUUAUAACAGAUAUCCUUAUCACAUAAAUCUGGUAUAGAGGUUGAACAAAAGCUCUCCGAUUGUGCCAUUGUAUUUUUCAAUAUUUUUAAUGUCUUUUUUUUGCCUUUUCAUUCAUGCUCCUCAACUUUCUUUUCUCACAACAGGUAUUGGUUCUACUGGAUGUUACACCAGACCAAUCUAUGGUGGAUGAAGGUGUUGCAAGAGAAGUGAUUAACCGCAUCCAGAAACUAAGGAAAAAGGUUGGACAUUUGUUCUGCUGUCAUUGACCCAAAACGUGAUUUUUAUUUUUUUUCCCACAAGUUUGCAGAUCCACCCUUUAAUUCAGCAUUGCUCAUGGAUAUUAUGGUUAAUUUUAAGCAUACGGUAUGUUUUUAUAAAUGAGGACUCUUUGUGCCCUGGACAAACCAAAGCAGGCUUCUUAACGUUAACAUAUGGCUCCUUCCUAGCUAAAUUACCCUUGGUUACAUACUAGAGACCCAGACAGAGUUCAUAUACUCUUCAUUGUGUUCUAAAGAAAAUAAGACCUAGAACUACUCAUGAAAAUGUAAUUUGGUUUGGAAUAAUUGCUUCUCUUGUAGUUACACUAUCAGAUAAUUGCUGUUUCUCGCAAUGGCAUUUUCAAGACUUGAAAAAGUUAAAAGUAGGGGCACUUCAAGCUGCUUAAAAUAUGAACUUUUCUAACCCAUUAAGAGCCAUAACCCAGUCAAAGGAAAUAUAUUUAUUUUGCAAAAAGACCUAUUGUAGACAGAUCUCACUAUAAUUGUCAAAUCUCUUAUAGUUUACAGCAUUGAGUUUUAGUAAUCUCAAUAAUGGAGUGUAUCUUUUAUAGUAGGUUAAAGUGAAUCUGUCACGCCCCAAAUACCUUAUGCUCAUUAGCUUGAGCAUAAAAUGAUAUCUUUUUUCCAGUAAAUGGAUAUAUUGAGAGGAAACCCUUUUUAACGUUAGUUUAAAAAAAAUAAUAAUUCUGUCAUCUGUCUCUCAAUUCCUCGGCAGCCACUCAAUGCCGAAGAUUUGAGAGACAGGCAAAGCAGAAGACCCUCUGUUCUCCACCCAUAGCAGAGAGGAUGUGCUGUGGUUGCUAUGGCAACUCCCUAGCCAGUGCAUUAAUUGCUGGCUUAGGAGUAUAGGAACGGAGUGAUGUGACAUCGCUCCGUUCAGACACCGGCACGCUGGAAAAAUACAUGGAGGAGGUUUGCCCUGCUUGGGGAAGUGUCUCCACUCACCUCAGAGAUUACAAAAAUCCAGUUAAGACCCUUAAAGCACUUUAGCUUGCUGAAGUGCUUUAUGUGUGAAGAGUGUGUGCUUUUUUUUUUUCCCCCCAUUUAACAGAAGGUUCAAAUUUUAAUAGAAUUGUGCAAUUUUAUAAAUUGGCUUUGUUACACUCCCUGGAUGUCCAACAACCAAUCUGGUUUGAUUAGCUCAGUGGAGCUAGAUUCAAGAGUCAGGCAGUUGCUCAGUGUACCUGCCUGCAAAGUCUUCUAAUUAAGCUGCAUUGGGAAAUCUGUGAUUGGACAGACACAGAAAGUCAGGGCAGGGUUAGAAGGGAAGGGCUUGCACAGACUGCAGACGAGAUCUUCAGAUUUUGCAAUUUUUGCAGAUUUUGCAAGCUGUUUUUAUAUGUAACCUUGCUUGUUUUCAUUGCGGUAUCACUACGAAACAGGGAUAUAUAGAUAGAUUUAUUUCUUUAUUGGGAUUUGGGCAGCAGUGUGUCCCUUUAAGGCAGCAACUAAAAUAUCCAUCCACAUGAUGGCUAAACUGUGGGAUGGCUGUGCAUGGAAUAGUGGUUCUCAAAUGUCUGGAAGUGUGUGUGUAUGACUCACAUGAGUUCAUUUAUCCAUCUAAUGCUUAAUCUGGGGCACAGCAGAUUAAUAGAUGUGUUACAUUAAGUGCCUGUUAGUUAAUUUGUUAAUGGUACAUUGUCUUCUGUGUUUUCGAAUACAGUACCUGCAAUUGUCUCUCUUUAAUUCUAAUCAGAGUAUUUAUUUACAAUUCUUAUGGUAAGUUGAUAUACUUGACAUCUUAACCUUGAUACUUUUUUUUCUAGGGAAAUUUAGUUCCCACUGAUGACAUCACCAUCUACUACCAGUCGCAGCCCAAAGGAGAUUACUUGCAGUCUGUAAUUGAGAGGCACACGGACUUCAUUUUAGCCACUGUCAAGUCUCCGCUUAAACCUUACCCAGUGCCAGCCUCAUCUGUAGUUAUUAUUAAGGAAACGACCCAGGUACGUAGUUUGUAGCCUUUUUAACUUACUAAUGCGUUACUUGUCCAUUUCUUAAAAUGCAGUUCCCAUUCAAAAGGGGUUCAGACAUUUGUUGCUCAGUUAGCCUUUUCAGAAAAUAUAUAUUGUUUUUCAGUGGUUGGACUCUCGUUUUUAUUUUUUAAUUAUUUUUUUAAAUGCUUUUUUUAAUGUUUAUUUUUUUAUGACCUCUGCCAUCAACCAAGCAGCCAAUUAAAAUUCUGGGAUUGAAACCAUAAGAUACGCUCGUAAAAUAGUAAAUGUAAAAUAAAGUUAUACCUAAAAUGUAUUUGUUAAAUAUCUCACUUUAUUCCCCAAUAAUUACAUUUUCACUCAUAGCCAUUUGGUUUGUAAUCUGUAAAGUUUAAGUAAAAGUUGUGAACCUCUUUUCUGGAGGUACUUUUUUCUAAAGUCUAUAAUUAGUUAAUAUGUUGCUGCUCUAAGCUAAAUAUUGGCAAAUCUGCUGCUUUUUCUAUCCUUGCAGUAAUUUAAAAAAGAAAAAAAAAAUGCCUCCUGCUUUGUUUUUCUAGCUUCUGAAUUCUGCAAACAUUAAGUAAGGUUCAUGCUUUCUAUCUAUUAUCCAUUCUCUUCAGUUGAAAGGCUCAGAUCUGGAAAUAACACUAGUGAAAGGAUCAUCGGAGGCUGCAGAAGAGGCUUCUGGACCAGCAUGCACCUUUGUCAAUCUACAGAUAGCUGUUAAUGGUACAGAACAAAGUAAGAACUGAAACAUUAUAUCCGUGACCUUGGUUUAACUUCCUUUGGGAUUGCAUGUCUCAGCUUCCAUCCCUGCAGUAACACUCAACUGGCCAAAUCAUUAUUGAAAAAGGCAAUGGCUUGUUACAUAUUUUUUUUUUCUUUCUCUAACUACAUAUUUAAAUAUUAAGAAAAUUGAUAAGUGAAUGCUGUUUACAAUGAUUUUAGCAGAAGGAUUGUUGACUCACCGUGUGCCUUCUGCUAGUAUUGUUGUUAAUUUCUCAAUGUGUUGCUUCUGUAAAUAUUAAAUUUGUUUCUUCUGGUUUUUCUUAAUUCCCCCCCCCCCCUUACACAUUACAGAAUAGUUUUCUCUUUUUCUGUAACAAUAUACUGGUGUGUUAUUUCAGGGGGCUUUCUUCUGUUGGAGAACCCAAAAGGGGAUUCCAUAGCUAGCCUUCGUGAGCUAAAAAAUGCUGUCUGUGGGAUAUUCAAACUGCAGACUACCCAGCUGACCAUUUAUAAUGGGACUAAAGGUAGGUAAUGAUAUAAACGUUAACAUGACUAACGUUCCCACCUGUCAUUCUUUUUAUUUGCUUGACCAGAUCCAGUUUUUCUAAUACCUUCAUUUACCUUUUGGCCCAUACAUCCAAAGAUAAUUAGAAUUAAAUUUACCUUUUGGCCCAUACAUCCAAAGAUAACUAGAAUUAAAUUUUCUUUACAGCAAGUCUUUGUCUAUGAUUUACUUGUCAUAAACAUGAUUGGAGAGAGGUUCUAUUUAUGCACAACUUUUGUGUUUUCACCUAUCCUUCUAUAAAUUAUUGUUGUUAUUCUUGGCAUAUAUGUAACAUCGAGAGAUCCCGCUGUGCUCUAUAAUUUAAAUAUGGGGAUAAAACCGCAAAUAAGAAAUGAGAAUGAAGAGGGAGGUGAAUAAACAUGUCUUUGUGGUGUUCCAGAGCUGCUUGAUGUCAACCUGCAGAGCUUGAAUGGGAAGACUCUAUAUAUUACAUCUGGAUCUCCCUCAGAUAUGUCUAAACUAGGAAGCCCAGUUGUCUGCCAGUAUGUGAACCUAAGCCUUCUGGACACGGAUAAGCAAGGUAAAGCAGAGAAUGCUACACACAGUUUCCAUUUGGAUAGAUUGGAGGUAUAAUAAGCAUAUAAUGAUUAUCUAUACAUGGUCUCUUUCUCAGGGACACUGCUUUUAGAAAAUCCCGUUGGCCAGAAUGGUCUGACUUACACAGGGCUUCUCCAUGAAGUAGCUAAAGUUUUUGGGCUCCGGAGCCGACGGUUCAGACUGUUCUUUGAUAGAGCACUGAAUGAAGGUGAGUAGGAAAAUGUGAUCAUCUAUACUUGAUCAGCAUAGCCAUGCUAUGCACAUCUGCAGCUUACAUCUGUCUCUAAAGAGAGCUCAACUCAAGUUGGACAAAUUCCAAGAAGCCUGCUGUUUUUAAACAUAGCUAUAGUUCUAAGCAACUUUUCAGAGCUGAGAGCACACAUUGUGGUUUCAAGCGAUUUUGGCAAAGUUGUGAUGGUGCUUAGAGGAAUCUUUAAGUUUAAAGGUACCAUUUUUUUUUCAUUGUUUACAAUUUGUUUUCCAUGUGCAAAUGCUGAGUUUCUUAACACUUUCUUUUCCGUAACGUGCACUUUCAUAUUUGCUGUAUAAAUCUUAGUAUAAAGCCAUUUUUUUUCAUCCCCCCCCCCCAGAAAUAAAUUUCUCUUCCAAGUGCCGCACUGUUCUUCUGUAUCCCUGCAGAAUGCCUGAAAAUAGCAGAGGGAGGGCUGUAUUUACCUAGAACAGGGUAUAUAGAUUAUUGGCAGUCUGCUGUAACAGCUUGCUAAGUCGUGUAUAGUAUAAAUCGUUGGUCUAAUUGUACCUAAUGUACAUGGCACUAUGCCCACUUAUAGUCAUUCAUUUUAUAUUCCUUUCGCAGUUCCCAUAAACUGCAUACAUAAAAAUGCUAUUGUAUUUUUAUUAUUUAGUCAUUAUUUUUUUUCCGCUCCUACUUUAUUUGGUGAAUGUUAUUUCUCCUUGAAAGCCAAUAUUGCAUACUCUAACUGAAAUACUGCAAGAUAAGUUAUACUAUAUAUUCUCGAACAUCUUUUAUUUAAUCUGAAUGGGUUUUUAACCCCUUAAGGACCAAACUUCUGGAAUAAAAGGGAAUCAUGACUGUCACACAUGUCAUGUGUCCUUAAGGGGUUAAAGGAUGAACGAAUAGUUAAAAACAAAUAGUUGUGUAAAAUUACGAGAGCUCAGUACACAGAACACCAGCUGCCGUAUUUCAGAAUCACAGAAAGGUCAACUAAGUCUUCCAUCUUUCCAGGUCAAGAAAAUGAAUACAACUGAGUUAUGUAAUAUAGUCUGUGAUCUUACAAUCUGCAUGUUUGUCAAAUGUGUUUUCAUAACUCCGUAGUCUGUAUACAAAAGUUAUUUUUACCCUAGGUUUCAUGUUCUAGCGAUACAUUUCUUGGCAAAGCCAGAUUCCUAAAAAAAAUAUAUAAUUUAAGUGAUGGUCUAUAUAUGUGUUUGUAUUUAUAGAUACUUGGUCUUCAAGGGGCACUCGGCACCAUAACCCCACCCUUUUUUUUUUUUUUUUUUUUGGGUGUCUUCCUGGCACCCAGAACGAGCAACCGUUCAACCUAACAGCCUAGGUUGUCACCCGGUCAUUGCUGUUCAGUUUGGAUGGAAUUGCAUUUGAUAAUGCAGGGUAGUUUACGCAUUAUUUGUGCAGCUGGGGUGGGUUGUGUGUGCAAGGGAAGGCCAUGGUUGGUUGUGUUGUUUUAAUAUUUUUUUCAUUUUAUGCUGAUUAAAAAGAGUUUCAUAAAAAAUAAAUUAAAACGGAUACUCCACCAUUAUACUUACAGCUGUGCUGAGUUGGUUGAGGUGCUCCCUAGGUUAAAAACUACAAAUAUGACUGCUGCACUGAAUGUGUAUCCAUGUGCUGUUAAAUGCUCCGUGGAGCAUCUCACAAUGCUUCGUGUGUAUCUCAGACUUUGUGGGGUGCUGUAUAUAGAAUUUUGGGGUGGUAGAUUCAUUACGCACAUUGCCGGUCCUCAGACAAGUAGAUCAUUAACACCUUAAUUUGGAUUGGCAUGAAAUAGGAUUUUUCCUAAUCCCUUGUCAUGCUGAUCGCAUCUAUACAUUAGCUGCCAAUUUAACAAUGCAAAAACAUUGUGUAUGUAAAGGAAGCUGACCCUGAGAUAUAUGUGUGUGUGUUGAAGUAUGAACAUUCCUAGUUAUAUACAUUGUGUAGGAGACAGACCUAAGCUUUAACUUUAGCAUCAUACUAGGGUGUCCUACCCUUCUCUGUGCUUUGUAUAUAGGACAGUUCCCUCUGGUGUGCUUAUAAAGAGGAAGAGCUUUGUCAGAUACUCUACAUUUUGCAUGUGUCAUUCAGCAUGUAUCAGCAAUAUCCCCUCCUUUUAUUCAGGCUGGCUUUAGAGUGUUAGUGUAUAAUGCAUAGCUGUCACUUAUCAACAUAUGGUUUCAUGCUUGACACGAAGUCUUUGUGCGGAGUGAGACACAUUGAGGGGAUGCCGAAUCUGCCGAUGCUAUAAAAAACAUCUUUGCAAUAUGUGUAUUUCAUUUUCAGGGGCGGAAUUCAAUUACUGCCAUUGGAGUUCCCAUCCAAAGUGCAAUUGCUAGAAUGAAAUACAUCUUUCCAAUUCCAAUCUUUCUUAGUUUUUAGCAACUAUCUCUAGUAAUGUUUACCUUUACACAUUUUACUUCUAGUAACAAUUUGUACAAUUCACAAAUUGCGUACUUAUAAUCUUUAACUCCUUAAGGUCUGAAAACAAAAUUAUUCCUGUCAAAAUAGAACAUACCAUUAAUUUAAUGUAUCUAUAGAUAUGCAAAUGCUAAAUAAGCUGGUCAUGCCAUAAAGUGUUUAGGGACUCAUUUGUGACAACGACCUGAAAUGUUAUUGGUUGAUUACUAUUGAAAAGCAUAAAAUGUAAGAGCGCACCAAGAUAUUAAAUAACUCAAAUCACACUUUAUAAUCAAUACACACACACUGUAGUACUGAGCACCAUAAACAAGAAAUGAUAUUAUGUAUACAUAGUAACCUUAAAAAGUGUUACAAUUCAUUCCAAAGUUGCUGAAAGCAACAAGGAAAUAAAUGCAAAUAUAGUCCGUAAUAAGACACUAGCAACGCUUCAAAUUAGCUGAAAACAAGUGCCGAUAAGCAAAGGGGUUUAUCUCUUAAAUGUUCAAAUGCUCUCUGCAUAUAAGAUAUAACACAACCAAUAAAGGGGGUGUUACACCUAAAAGGAACACGCUCAGUAUACAUAAGCUAAAAUAUCAAACACUGUAAUGCAAAACAUGAAUAAAUGAACUGUUCACACAAAUUGAAACUCAGUCAGUGGCCAGAGAAAGAUGAAAAUGGCUUAGCACCGACAAUACCUAUCCAUUGUGGGGCCCUCACUACGGAUACAAAAUGUGUAGAAUAUAAAAUUACAAGGAUGCUGGAAUCCACAGUACCCAAUGAUGGAGCAGUCUAUUUAAGUUGCUCUUAUUCAAUUUUCUGUUUAUUUUUAAUUACCCACAGCUUUUCUGUUUGGUUAGUUACGAUGUAUAAAUGUAUAAUACAUGCAUUUGAUUGGGUAAUGGUUAAUACAUGCAUGACAAUUAGGGGUUUUAUUUAUAGGGGCACAGACAGCUGUAAGGGAUAACUAACUCCCAAUUCAGACACUAGUAUUCACUUAAAUAAAUAAGACAGUGGAGCUGCAUAAUAAUCCAAAACACCAAACUGGGAAUUGGAGAGAACUCUCAAAGGGGAUAAUGUUCUCCAACUCCACCAGUUUUCCAGCGUGAAUAUUUCACCCUAAAAUCUGCAGUUCUGUUUUAAUUUCUCUGAAAUAUAAUUUUUUGUUUUGUUUUUGUGUGUGUGAAUAUACAUUCACUGUUGGUUGAACAAUGUUUAUUUUCAAAUUACACAGAAAUAAUUUUCUUGUUCUUUUCCCCUUAGAAUUAUCACAAGGUGUUGCUCUGCCAAGCCUUAAUACAAAGACCCUUUAUGUCAAUGUCUUACCGACGACAGCAGAGUGCUAGCAAGCUCCUUCUACCAGAUAUCACAACUGCACACACGGAUCAAAGUGAAAUCAUCAACAGACUUUGAUUGGACUGAAUUCACCCUGGGGUUACAAUAGCCCUUUCUGCAUUUGUUGUGCUGUCACCCUUUUAGUGCCCUUAUAAUUCUUUGUCCAAGGAAAAGUUGAAUAACCACAUUUGUAUGUAUUUCAAUGCACCUGUUUGAAAUAUCGAUCUGUGAUAAGCGAUAGCUGAUGCCUAUUAAUAAUGUGGAGAAGUGUAUUUAUUAACCAAGGUGGUUUCUCCAUCUUCCAGGCAAAAUCUGUUGACUGCCAUUGCUUUGUUUUUUGGAUUUGAGGCAUUAUCUAGCAUGUGAAUGGGGAUACAUCUGAUAUUAAACUUUUUCAUGAAACGGUGGCUGUUUAUUGUUGUGACAGUGAUAAUCAGUUCAUAUUAC